GUGUAUUCCAGUGAUCAGAAACCUUCUCUUAAGGACAUAUAGCAGCCUAUUGUCUUUAAUUAACUGUUACACCAAACUGUCUGAGUGAAAGACAAGUAAAGGCUGCUAAUAUCCUUAUUCCUGAUUGUCUUUAUCUUCUCCCUCCCACUCUUCAGUUUGGAUUAUGUCAUUGUACAGUUCAACUUCAGCUCGUCUUGUGCUCUUUCAAAGUACUUGGAUAACUGAUUUACAACCUGCUUUUAUAUUCCUUGGUUGAUGUUUACCUGGACUUGCCCUGGAUUGAAAACUUGUGUAGCAGACUAUAAGAAGUGCAAAAAAAGAAAUCUGCCUCCACAGUGAGUUAGAAAAGUUAUAUUUAUCUGAGCAGCCCUGGGCAAUUUUCUUUUAAUCCUAGACGUUCCUUGGGGACAGAAGGGAAAGAAGCGGAGCUGAUUUCCCCAAUUUUUCACAGUGCUAGCAUUAACAGAGCUGUGAAUAGACAGUUCAAAUAAGGAGAGACAGAAUUAGCAGCCAAAGAGAACCCCACACAGAGAACACAAAGAUGAAUGACACACAAAAUGGAACUACUCAAAUUAACCCCAUCUGUAGGAACAGGCAAGCACCUUAUUCUUACGAAAUCAUCCAAAGUAAGUUCAAAAUUGUCUUUAUCAUAACCACGCUGUAAGUUUGGUUGGACUAAUUUUCCUUUGUUUUCUUUGAUUAUAUUUUCAUUUUCCUUUGUUUUGUUUUUUUGCUUCUUUUAUAAUAUUUUAUAUUCGCCUUUUUAAGAUCAGGAUCAAUAUUAAAACAAACUCCCAUUUGCAGGAACCCAUUCAAUGAAUGUGGACCAGGUGCACCAGUUUAUGUUGAACAUAUGUGACAACUGCAUCAGCUUGAUAUUUAUUGUGUGAUUGUUAUUUUAUUUAAUAUUAUAUAUAUAUUAAAGUUAUUGAACCUUAUGAAACCGAAUGUUGGAGGUAAAAUAAUGGGUCACAUUGCAUAAGCCUGCUAUAACAUAAAUGUACCCCAUGGUGACAAAUAUACAUGAACGUUCAGACCUUUAGUACACUUUGUGAAAGCUAAUAUGUUAUGGUUAUCUCUGCUUUUUCAUGCAUACCAGUUUCUAUCAAUACUAAAGGCUUGCUCCCAAUAUUGCUAGUGGUUACCAGCCACAUACUACUAUGCUCAGAUGGCUGUUGCUACUAACUGUGAAAUUUGACCAGUAGCUACAACACUUUGUCUAACGCCAGAUGCUUAGUUGUAGUUAAUGGUUCCUAUUAUUCUCUAUACUAGGAGUUACCUGAUACUUAAUGACUAGUUUUCAACACAGGCGCUACUGUUUAACAACUACCAGUAACCCUCAACACAAGCCUCUUGCCUGGUAGAAAGAACUCAACACACGUAACUGAAAAUAUAUCCUAUAGAAAAAAAAUACAUGUUAUAGCUAUAUGGAAUUAUGGUAAAACCCUAUAACACAUAUCAACGCAUAUUAGACCAUAUGUAAAAAAAAGUAUGCCAGUAUGAAAACCAUGAUAUAAAAUAUAGUUAUUCUUUAUAUAUAGGUGUCAUAUAAAUGAACAAUUCACACACAAGAAAUUACCUCAAAAGUUACAUAAAUGUGUCCUUGGCAUAGCACAAAAUCACAGUUUUAUGCAUUGUAUACAUUGUCAUGCUGCUAAGACAGGUUGUGGUUGUCAUGGUGACAACGUACACACCAUGUGUUUCUGUACUUUACCAGCGAAAGGAAUGCAAGUGGUUGGUAUCUUUGCGAGUAGACAUUUUUGGAAGUCAACUGAUAAUGUUGAUGCAAUUUUAAAAUUCAGUCAGUAAUUAGAGGCCACUACUGUUAUAAUAGACAGCUUGUGGUGGCUAUUUACCAUUUAGGUUGGAAAUAAGCCCUAAACUAUUCUGCAAAGUUAUGGAUGAGUGGAUUUUGUGUAGGGGAACAGUAAUAUAGUAUUAGAGAAAGGAACUGAUACACAGGACGCAUGCGGCUGCUUCUGGGUGGCCCAGGAGAGGUGGAGGGGGGCUCAAAAACCACCCUGUGCCUUGGGGGCUUUUCACUAUGUCAGAGUAAGCUACACUGCCCAAAUGUACCAGAUCCAAGGGUGGUGUGCAGGAUAUUCUUCAACUCUAAAUAUCCCCUUUCUAUAAUUGUAAAGUAUUGUGUAAUAUGCUGGUGCUGUAUACAUGCUAAUAAUAGUAAUAAUUGUGAUCACUGAGCACUGCUUGGACAGCUCCUUCGCACACCAUAUAGUGAUGCUGGGAGCCAGGGCCGGACUGGGAAUGCAAAGCAGCCCUGGAAAAAAAUAUAUGCCAGUCCCAUAAGUCACUGUGCCACGGUGUGUGUGUGUGUGUGUGUAUAUAUAUAUAUAUAUAUAUAUAUAUAUAUAUACACACAUACACAAACACUACUGUGGCAGAAUGACUUAUAGGGCUGGCAUACAUUUUUUCCAUAGAUUAUAUAUAUAUAUAUAUAUAUAUAUAUAUAUAUAUAUAAAUAAAAUCUAUGUUUAUGAAUCAGGAUUACUGACACACACAAAUUCAUUGACAAACACAGACAAGCUUACAGGUACACAGAGAAUCUCAUUGACAAACACAGACAGGCAAUCUCACAGACAGGCAAUCUCCCUGACACACACAAGUUCAUUGACAAACACAGACAAGCUUACCGGUACACACAAACUUAGUACAGGCAAACUCUGACAAACACACAAGCUUACUACAGACAAACUCACUAGUAUACACAAAGAUGCUUACUACAGACAAGCUCACUGACACACAUGCUCACUACAGACAAGCUCACUGACACACAUGCUCAUUACAAGCUCACUGACAUAAACAUGCUUACUACAGACAUGCUCACUGACAUACACAUAUAUGCUUACUACAGACAUGCUCACUGACACACACAUACAUGCUCACUACAGACAUGCUCACUACAGACAUGCUCACUGACACACACAUACAUGCUUACUAUAGACGGGCUUACUGACACACACAUAAAUGCUCACUGCAGACAUACAUACAUGCUUACUACAGAUGUGCUCACUGACACACACAUACAUGCUCACUACAGACAUGCUCACUGACACACAUACAUGCUUACUACGGAUGUGCUCACUGACACACACAUACAUGCUCACUACAGACAUGCUCACUGACACACAUACAUGCUUACUAUAGAUGUGCUCACUGACACACAUACAUGCUUACUACACACAUGCUCACUGACACAUAUACAUGCUCACUACAGACAUCAGGGUCGCCAUCAGAAAUUGUGGGGCCUCUAACAUAGCACAAGGUCUGGGCCCCUGUGUACCCGCCUCCAAGCCCCGCCUCCAAAUCCCACCCACAGGAAUACACACACAGACACAAAAGGACACAGACACACACACAUAAAGAUACACACAUACUAACAGACACAAAUACUGAAACAGACAUACACACAUAUAGACACAUACACAGAUACACACACACACUGACAUACAGACACACACACUGAUGUACAUACAUACUCACAUAAUGACAGACACACACAUACAUACAGACAUACAGAGAAACAGACAUACAAACAGACACACAUACAUACACAUACUGACAUACAUACAUAAUGGCAUACAUACACAUACAUACUGAUAUACAUACAUACAGACAUAAACACAUACACACACGCAGAUAGAUAUAUACAUACACAAAUACAUACAGACAUACUGACAUACACACACACAGACAUACAUGCAUACUGACAUACAUACUGAUAGAUAUAUACAUACACACAUACAUACUGACAUACACACACAGACAUACAUACAUACAGAAAUAUAUACAUACUGACAUACACACACACAUACAGAUAUACACAUACACACAUACAUACUGACAUACACACACACAGACAUACAUGCAUACUGACAUACAUACAUACAUACUGACAUACACACACACAGACAUACAUACUGACAUACAUGCAUACUGACAUACACACAGACAUACAUACAUACUUGCAGACACAUACACAGACAUACAUACUGACAAACAGACAUACAUACAGACAUAUAUACAUACUGACAUACACACACACACAUACAGAUAGAUAGACACAUACACACAUACAGACAUACUGACAUACACACACAGACAUACAUACUGACAUACACACAGACAUAUAUAUAUAUAUAUAUAUAUAUAUAUAUACAUACUGACAUACACACACACAGGCAUACAUACUGAAAUACACACACAGACAUACAUACUGACAUACAUGCAUACUGACAUAUACACACACACAGACAUACAUACUGACAUACACACAGACACACACAGACAUACAUAAUGACAUACACACAGACAGACAUACACACACAGACAUACAUACUGACACACACACACAGACAUACAUACUGACAUACACACAUACUUGCAGACACACACCUCAUUUAUCAGCCACCCUCCUCUUACCUUACCUUAAGUUGCAGGAGGGUGGCUGGGGAUGUGGGUAUGCGGGAGUGGAUGCCUCUGGUGUCCCUGUCCUGUCCUCUCCCUCUCCCCCCGCGCGGAGUAAGCUGGGAAGAAGUGACCGGACGUCACUUCCUCCUAGCAGCACUUGCGGUGUAGCCGCUUUUUUUUUUUUAAAGGGGCCCGGUCGCGGCCGCAGCGCUGACCGGGCCUCUGAAGAUAUAGGGCCCAUCGGGUGGCCCUAAAUGCUUGGGCCACCUGAUGGGCCCCGGUGCAGAUGCACCUGCGGCAGUUUCGCCGCUCCACGUGGGGCCCGGGCGGCCAGGCCCCUGAGGGCCGCCGGGCCCGUGACAACCAUUAUGGUUGUCACCCCCUGAUGGCGGCCCUGACAGACAUGCUCACUGACACACACAUGCAUGCUUACUACAGACAUGCUCACUGACACACACAUAACUUGCUUACUGCAGACAAGCUCACUAAAACACACAUGCUCCCAACAGCAGGCACACACACUCACACACACACACACACAAGAUCCCUCUCACUCACUAGCUGCAGUGCAUUUGAAGUCUACCUGGCACUGCGGGCUGCUGCUGUGGAAGCCCUGGGAGGUGAGGACUCCAUUCCCUGGCCUCUUCCUGCCCUGAGGUCACCAGAUUGUAGCUGGGGGGGUGGAGCUUGCAGCUGGGGCAGAGCUUGAGUGCCAGAAAGCUCCCUCCCUGCAGUGCUCCCUCCGCCCACCCCAUCCUCAAUGCGGCCGCACAGGAACCAAGCUCAUCCCUCCAUAAUUCACUCGAACUCUCACAGUCUGAGGGAAAACUAUAGGUACUAGGGCUUUCCAGUCUCUCCCCGGCUCCAAGUGCUGCGGCCCACCAGGAAAUCUCCCGGUAUCCCGGGGGCCAGUCCAGCCCUGCUGGGAGCCAGCAAUGUCCAAAUCAUUUUGAGUGUGUAAUUAUAUGUAUUUCAUGAUGUAUGAAAAUAUAUGUGUUGGUGUGUGUGAUUAUUUGUGUGACUAUAUGUUUAUGUCUGUGUGAUUGAGAAUAAGUAUGUGUGUGAAAACUUAUGUGUAUCAGAAUGUGUGGGUGUGAGUAUGAAUGUUUAUGAUAAUGUGUGUGAGAAUGUUUUGGGGGGUGCUCUCAUAUUCUGCUCUUACAGUAGCAUUAAAAGUAAAAUCAGUGUGAGAGUCACCAUUCGGUGUGAGAGUCACCAUUGUGUAGCUUUCACAGACAUCCUAAUUGCUGGGCACCAUGCUCAUGAUAUGUGCAUGAGAGCCUCACAAUCAACGGGUUAAGGGUGUGAGGAAUGUAUCUACUCAUGUGUAGCCAGAAUCCUUGCAUAGGCCCUGCUGUAAACCCUUGGUUUGUAUCAGCAAACAAACUGGAUUUUUAGAAGAUAGUCUGUGAUCUGUAUAGAAACAGCAGCAAAAAGUAAAAUUAUUUACAUGGAAAAAAAGAAAAAAAGAAAACAACCUCAUAUAGUAAGUACGUUUCUGUUAGCUAAUUAUAAAAGCGUUUCGGAGGAUAUGAUUAUUUUCUUAGCAUUUGGUCUUGUGUUGUUAAAUACGAUAUGUUCUUGAACAGUGAAUUUCAGCAUAGAAAUUGCUUGUUUUAGCAUAGAAAUCUGUUGUUAAAUAGUAGGUAUGUGUUCAUGAGCCACUAUACACCUGCAAGCAUAAUAAUGGUCUGUUUGCAAAGAAUUUAAUUAUUAUUGAGCCAGCCUGCUUUUAACUUUUUUCAGACAGUACAUUAUCUGUACAUUAGUAUAUUAUACGCAGUUGAUAGCCCUAUAUAAUAAAAUAUGACUCAUACAUUAUUGCUUACCUAUCUGCUUGCUAGUGUAUUUUCAGAAUGUACCUUGGCCAUUAAAAUCACAUUCUUAUAAAAUACCCUGCUGAGUGUAAACUCAAGUUGGACAGGAAGAAAACUGUAAAAUCCCAUUAAAAUUGUGUAAGAUGUUUCUACAUUUUAAUUAGUGACAAAAUGUACUUUUCCAGGGAGGGUAGUAAUAAAAAAAUAGAUACUACUCAGCUGCAUUAAAAUAAAUUCUUCUCUGAAGGGUAUUUAUUACCCGCUUCAAUUCUUCUAGAGAAAUUUGGUCAUUUUAUCUGUGAUGGUCAAAGGCUCUCAAUGAGGUAAUACAAUCAUACCUCAUCCUCUUCCAUUGGGGACCAAUAGAUACCACAGAUGUGACUCCAAGAAAAGAAUAUACAAAAAAAUCUGAUUCAAUCCUAUCGUUAUACUAGGACAUAAUCAUUAGUGGUAGAAACAAUACAACAGUUUCAUACAUACAGGAGAUCGCAUGGAAUUUCUGGAAAUUUCAUUAACAAUGUUAUAAUCAUGUUUAGUCACUUUUAGGUGGGAAGUCUUUCUGAACUCAUAACCUCAUUAUCAGGAAUUCUGUGAUAUCUUGAAGGCAACAGGCAUAGCACUGGUUGGUGCGAUCUUCUGGGUAAGGAUGAGAAAUGGCAGUUCUCAGUGAUUUUUGUGUGUGGGGUGGCAAAUAAGCAGCUCACUUUCCCAUGAUGGGCAAAAGGAAGAAAAAAAAAAAAAAGAAGAGGAUUGAUGGUUACGACGACAGCCACUAAAUGUUGAUUUUAUUCACAGAUCAAGUGAAUUGACCAAUAGAGUGGAAAAAAGGAGGAUCAAUAAAACAACAAUACUUUCAAGUUGGAUUUUUAAGACACUUUGACUUUAUCUAUCCAGGGAGACAGACCAGCAGUAAUGCAGUGUAUUGGAGUGGGAGCCUGGGUCUUGUAUUCUACUUUGUAUCUAGCAUUAGCUUAUGCUGUACCGAGCAGUUAGUACUGCCAGAAGAAAAUUUUGAGCGGGAAAUAGGAAAUUGACAAAAUACCUGCUAACCUGAAUGUCAUUGAUCUUAGUGUGAGACCAGUAUACCAGUAUACAGUUGUUAAAAACGGGGGGCGGGGCUUGGAGGCAGAGGGAGCUGGAAGCAGCAUAGCUGAGCUCCUCGACAGAAAGUCACAAUAAUGCCGAUCUAACGGGAUUAAAGGGGCCAAUUUUUGUAAUACUCCUCACCUACUUGAACAGGAACACACUUUGGCUCUGACCCCAAUUAAGUUCCUUUAAGGAAAACCUGGGGUGGUGUGCUGCAUACUUGCCUGCAGCCUGCUAGCUGAAACGAGGUGGGGGAAGUGGCCGAUUCUCCGCUCACACCUUGAAGACCUGAGCUCUGUUCCUCCCCCUCUGGACCGGUCGGGGUCAUCCCGGUCCACUUCUGCACUGUCCCUUGACUAGCUAAAAGCAACAGGACCUCUGUGUUGGGACAUAAGAGCAUUCAACUCUACUUACUUAAAAUGGCAGCUGACUGCGCAGUGCUGGUUGCUGGAGGCCACACCAAACAGACGCAACCCCUUAGCAGCUUCCUUGAACACUUUGAUAGUCUGUGUGCCGCAUUCUGGGAAAGGUGAGGCAGGAGGCGGAGUCAGGACGAUGGGGAUCACGGCUGCAGCCUCAGUCUUCACUACAUGGGCCAUUCGGAUUUUGGACAGAAAAAGGAAGGCGACCACCCGGGAAUCCUCAUAACCAACAUGGCAAAUCAGUCCGAGGGGGAAGUGAACCGCGACGCGCUGACACCUCUCAGGUUAGCUGUAACGAAUCGCUUAGCACCCAGUACCUCCGUUUGACGGAUGCGCCGAGUGCUUCCCGAAGGCUCCAAGCACUCCACUAGACACCACAACCACCGCAGACCCAACAAACUGCCGCAGCUUGGUUGGAGUCACGCCGUCUUCCACCCACUCUGGACCCAAGACCAGGAUCCAUCUUCCAGUAGGCAGACCUCUCUUAGAAUCCAGAGAGCAGGAACAGGAACAAGCUCUUACAAGAGCUUACUCUGAGGAGUAUAGUGAUUAUAGCAGUCCCUAGAGUGUAGGUAGUUCUCCAAUCCCCCAAACAUGAGCUAAGACUUCAUGAAGGGUAGAACAGGUCUGUUUAAUGAGCACAAAUACAUUUCUUUUAUACAGUUUUCCCCACAAGGUUACCACCCAUGUGGACGUUGUGCAGCACAGGACACAAAAUCACAACAGCCAAUCAACACAGUAUUGUACAGUUAGACACUCCCAGCUAAUGUACACAAACCCUCCCCUCUGCCUGUGAUACAAUUACCAAACACAAUGGACUAACUCAAUUACCACAGGCAGAAAAUAUCUAGUUUUACCCAAAGUCCAGAAACACCCCAAAACAACAACAUAUCCCCACAAAUAUAUAUCCCUGGAUAGCCCUGAUCUGGGUGAACAACAUAUCCAAAAAUCACCCAGAUCAGAGCAGGGGUUUAAAUGUUUUAUGGAAGUCACAUUUGACCAACCGCAAGCAUGGCUUUCAUGCCCAAAACAGAUUUAGGCUGUGUGGCCGGUCUAUCUUCAACUCUAUCCUGGAGAUAAUUGGCUUAAGUGGCUGUGGUAACUAAAUUAUCUCCAGGUACAGGAAAUAUCUCUAAGUCAGAAAUUGUUACAAAAACCACAUAAAAAUACAUAACUCUUAUAAUACAAUGUUUAACCUAUAUGUCCAACAUAUUCCCAGAUAGCUUGGAUCUGAGCGCUCAAUAUGUCCAAUGUUAAAAGUGCGCUAUAGUACAAAUAAGGGUGGGGUCAGAAAAUAGCUAGGGCUGAUGGGAGAUUGAGAAGUGACAAAGCAGCCAGUUUAAUCUGGUCUGGAAGUGUCCUUGGGACAACGCCCUGCUGGAGAAACAAUAGGACAGGAAAAAGGGGGAGGGGAUGAGGCACAUUUUCCUAUGGAUUUAAAGGGGCAGAAAAAGUGUUUUAAUAUCCAAUAUGCCCAAAUAAAGCUUUUAAAGGGCAAUACAUCCCAGGGGCCAUAGUCACAGGGCAAGAGGCUGGCAAGUCAUAGUAGCCUUAGGCAUCGCAUCACGUUCUGUCAACUUGGAGAUGACUUUCAGUGCCAAAAGAGUUCCAGCAUCCAGAUGAGACUGCAGCUUCACUCCAGGCUCACAUAUCGGGCCUCCAGGAUGGGCAUCGGCUAAAUGAAGCGUACUUCUGUGGGGACUUACUUUACUCACCACCGAUUUAAUGCAUGAUCCGAUCGCAUAGCCUGUGGUUAAUUUUCCCAAGUUUUAUCAGUUCUAGUUUGUGUUCUUUGUGCCUCUUAGCUUGCUUAUACAUAACUAUGCUGGGCCCUCAUCCUUCAUUGCAAAUGUUCUGUUGUCGUGGUCCCACCUUGCUGGCAGGGAAGCAAUGGCGCACACGAAGAAUAAUGUGCAACCUCAGACAGGCCAAAGCCCAAACAGGCUCUUCAAGAUAAGACUUAUGAAACAGGUGGCAGAGAGGGAGGACAAAGAGGAAGCUGGAGAUUAUGCCUUCUGUGUGUGGUGCUCUGUGGGAUCCAUCAGCUGACUGGCUGUCACCACAGGUGAGAUGAGAGGUUAAGAGAAGGGUGACUAUCUAGAGCCAGCACACUGCUAAUCUAGAUAUUAAUUACUGAAGGGGUGGGGAGGGGUGAACUGAAGGCAAUGGGGUCUAGGAGGAGAAUCAGAGGCACUCAUGCUGCCAGAUUGUGUGAGUAACAUGAUUCCUACUUAUGGAAUUAUAAAAGAGGUGUGAAAAAUAUCUGAUGUCAUCUAGAGCCAUCUCUACACUGCAACCACAGACUCCCAUCAUCGAACACCUACUGAAUCCAGAUCCCACAGGACCCCAGGGAAUCAACCCUCAUGCCCCAAGAAGGGUGAAAUUAUGAUUUGCAUAUGUGUGUUUAUGUGUGCCUUUGUGUGUAAGUGUGUAUCUGUAUGUGUUUGUGAGUCAGUACCUUUGUGAUAGUAUUUGUGUGUGUCAGUAUGUGUAUGUAUAUAUGUGCAUAUAUCCCAUCAUUCAAAUGCCAGUGCUACUUACAAAUACACCCUGAUAUUCAAACACUAACACUACACACAAGCACACCACUGCAGUCCAACACUAACACUACACAAGAAUACACCACUACAUUCAAAUGGCAACAUUACAAACAAAUACACAACUGUGUUCAAGCACCAACACUCAAGUCCAUACAUUCACGCACACAUACUCCAGACGAAAAUAUGCUUACAUUUAGGCACAAAGACACUGCUUACAAAUACAGCCCUGCAAGGAAGGGCAAAUUGUAGACCCCUAGGUGGCUAAGCAUAAUGGGAGUUAUACAAUAGCUCAGGAUCUAUCUUUUGACUACUGUUGCGCUAGAGGAGGGCCCAAUAAAAUUAUUGCGCCAGAGCCAUCUUUACAUUCGGACACUUUCUUUCUAUUUCUAUUACAAGUGUUUUGUAGAUAUUAAAUAGUUUAGCUAGUUUUUAUCUUGUUUGGUGGAUUUAAAUGGGUCACAAUAGUUGGUAUUUCAAAAAAAUUCUCCUUUAUUAAAUAUAAUAUGUGGAUGCACACUCUAAUAAAAUGUGCAUCAGUUUGUUUUUUAUUGAUGUCAGUAACAAACCAACAUUUUGUAUUGUGUGUGGAACUGCACUCACUCCCAUCAAUCUGAGCCAGGGUGCUUACUGUACCGGAACCAAACACCAGAUUCCCAGUUUAGUAUAAUAAAAUGAAAGAGGUCCAGGCACUCCUUGGUUCAAGACAGGCACUUUAUUGGAACCACAGCAACGUUUCGACUCAAGGGUCUUUGUCAAGCUUGACCCUUGGGUCGAAACGUUGCUGUGGUUCCAAUACAGUGCCUGUCUUGAACCAAGGAGUGCCUGGACCUCUUUCAUUUUAUUGUAGUAACAAAGCAAUAGUCAUGAUAUAACAUAAUGUCAAAAUGUUAAGAUCAUACUCAAGAAUUGCUUACAUGUACUUCAGCUGCAUCUGUUUUUUUGAGCGUGUCAUUCCCUGCUGUUGUCUAACAGUUGAUUGUAUUAUGUUAUGCAAGUGUUGGUAUUUCUGCUUUUGAUGUUUUGUGUCAUAAUGACACAGGAGACCCUAGCACACCAGCAACACUGCAGUAAUACGAAUGAUGAUUAAAGAAAAUGUUAUGCUGCUAGUUGCACAUGUAACACGUGUAAUAUAUUUGUAAACCUUCCCUUAUAAAGAAUAGUAAUGUGAUCUCCUUGAGUGCCACAGAGGUUGUUCACCCUUCAAAGGGUUAAAGAGAGAUGGGUCACUGAUCUUCUGUACUGAUUAGACUCCAAAUCAGAUAGUAUAUGUAAUAAAAGCAAUUACUGAUUGCUUUACUUGAAACCUGCUGUGAUACAAAUUUUGCUAUCAAUGAUGACAUCUUUCCACUGAAAUACUGGUUAGUAUGAUAAAAGAGACAGAACCUUGUAGCUGGAGUUACCUCUAUUGAAUCUUCUGACCCUUCUGACAGUAACUUGAUGUUAUGGGACCUCUUGGUGCAUGUCCAAACUGUAUUGUCUGUAAUGACAUUCUUAUGUGAGCGGUCCAGCAAGCUAAGUUGAUAAUAAUCACACCCUGUAGUUUGCAGAUAACAAGGCACUGGUUGUGCUCAGUAAGUGUAAAGGGGCAUUUCGUCGAAACCCUUGUCAUGUGGUUGGAGCAGCAUUGAUGCAAUUACUGUGAUUAAAGAUAAAGGUUUAAUUAAAACUCUGUUUUUGGUUGUAGUAAGUCUUUCUGGCAUGGUCUCCUGCCUGUAAAAAAAAAAAAAGAAAAACAUAUUUGUAAUCGCAUGCUGAGGACACAUUCCACCUAAAGCUAGAUCCCCAUCUAGUGCCUGUAAAGUGUGUGCGAGUGCAUCUAGGGGCUGCAUUGUGAGUGUGUAUGUAUUGGAGUUGCAUUGCGUGCUUAUCAAGGAGCUAUAGUUAUUAUAUAUAUAUAUAUAUAUAUAUAUAUAUAUAUAUAUAGAUAUGUGUGAGAUAUAUGAGAUUUGGUGUGUAAUGGGGUGGAGCAUGUAUGUAUGUAUGUGUGUGUGGGGGGGUUAAGCUAUGUGGGGAAGAAGUGUGUAUGUGGUUGAAGAGAUGAUGUGUGUGAGGGGUGCACUGUGUGUGUAUGCAAAGGUGUACUCUGUGUUGGUGGGAGUGUACUGUAUGCGGGGGUUCACUGUCUGUGAGGGUGUACUGUGUUCAAGGGGUGUAGCGAGUGGGAUAGGGAAGAGCUUUACAAUUUUUACUUUAAUAAUUGUUUACAAAAAAAUAAAAAAGAAUAUUCCCUUUUCCCUCAUCUUACCUUGCAGGGAGGGGGUGGCACAAUCAGAUCCGUGGUGGUUGAGAAGGCUGCCUAUCCAUCAGGUACAGGGGAGGUCAUGAGAUGAGAGGUAUCUCUCUUGGAGCUCAAGCACUUCCUGCUUCCCCACACAGACUGACUCAUACAUGCACAGAUUAAUCCUCCUCAUACACAGACUGACCCAUGGACACACACACACACACACACACACAGACUGACCCAUGCGCUCACACACACACACACACAGACUGACCCAUACACACACACACAGACUGACCCACCCCACAAAGAAUGACCCAUACACACAAACUGACCACCACACACACAGGCUGAACCCUCCCCACCCCCCACACACACAGACUGAAACCCCCCACAUCAUCCCAUCUGCCUAUUCCUCUACAGCUUUCCUUUGAGGCAGGUAUUUUCCCUUCUUCCUAUUACUCUGGAGCUCUGCAUAGUGCUUGCUAUUGCCUUUACAAAGGCACUUGUAGCUCUCAGGCGUAGCUUUGUUGGCUUAUCCCAGAGCUAGAGUGGUUCUAGUUGGUAGCAAUCCUCAGCAGUACAGGAGAGCAGACAAAACAUUUAACAGUAUACACACACAUUAUAAACACCCUGCACCUAUAAUGGGCACAGGGUGACUGAGACAUUUAGAAAGCAUUGUAAAGUGUCCUUCUGCUCCCAGUGAUCGUGACUACCUCAAGGGAUUUAGAGGACAUAUCGAGCAUAUAUAGGAUGUUAUUCGGAUCAACUUGAGAUCCUAUGGUCAGAAGUAGUGAUUAAUCUAGUUAUAUCCACUUGAGUAUGAAUUAUGGAUGAUAGAUUAUGGGGGAACAUGGUCUAUUAAAUACAUGUCGAUCCCUAUCAGAUAAAAUGUUUAGUAGAGACACCUCUAUUUUAAAUUCCUCCAUAAAGGAUAAUUCCAAUAAAGACUGAAUUAUUGUAAACAGGAUUCCAUUCUCAUUUCAUGUUGUUUGGUAUACUAAAUGAAUUGGAAACAUUUAUACACUCUUUUUUUUGGUUUGGAUGUAUAUAAUAUUAUUUACUCCUUAUUAGGAAGCACACACACUUUUUUAAUAAGAAAAGUUUGUCUGUAUAAUCAUGGAGUAUCCAGUUGAUCCUCUAUUGGGGAUUUUUUGUGAUCUCUUAAACUACUCAGGGUUAGGUCCUUUCCUAUAUAGGAUUUCUCUUCUGUAGGCGAUCUUUCCUCUCCUUUUUUUUUCCGUUUUAGCUUAAGGGCCUGACACUCGAAGCUUAAAGGGUCACUCCGACCCCUAAACAACUUUAGCGUGCUGAAAAGAUCCAUGUGUGACAAGUGUGUCCUCUUUUUUUAUUUUACAAAAAAUGCAAAUUGACACUUUUAUAAAUAAACCUGGUUACACCCCCUUGGCUUUCAACGCUACUUCCUGGUUUUGUUAGCUUAAUGCAGCUGACAUCAAGAGGCAGCAAUUGCCCAGAGCACCUGACUUACAAAGACUUCUCAUUGAGCUGUAUUGGGAAAUCUGUGAUUGGACAUCCACAGAAAGUCUUGGUGGGGUUAGAAGGGGAGGGUUUGCAAAUGCAGCAGACAAGAGAUCUACAGGUUUUGCAAGCUGAUUUUAAAUAUAACCCAAUGAAAAAUGCACAAUUAAAUGCAUGUUAGGUUUCAUUUGGGGUAUAUCUACUAAACAGUGAUUUUUAUUUAUUUUGUAUUUGGUGCCCAGUCCAAGGUUUCCUCAUUGAAGCCAAGGACUUCAUGGAAAAAGAGGGGCAGAGCAAAAAGGCAGCAUCUACACAACUAUAAGGUUAAGUCAUUUGUUAAGGUAAGACAGCGCCUAAGACUGGUUGUGCAUGCAUAACCAGUAAUAUAUAUUGUGUAAUAUUUUUGUUUUUAUUGUACUUUUCACAUCCUGUUCUAUGUUUCCUGUUUCAUAAAUUUAGACGGAUGUAGUCGGAUCUUUUGUUAAAUAUCGGGAAUUCAUUUUUAUUUUAGAAUGCAAGUCUUUCAGCUGGGCAAUAAAAAAAAGAAGGAAAUCCCAAAAGUAGUCUCUGAAAAGAUUUCAUUGUUGUACAACUACUAGCAAACUGCAAUAGAAAAAUCCUUUAAAUAUACACAGUAUCUCACAAAAAUGAGUACACCCCUCACAUUUUUGUAAACAUUUUAUUAUAUCUUUUCAUGUGACAACACUGAAGAAAUGACACUCUGCUACAAUGCAAAAUAGUAAGUGUACAGCAUGUAUAACAGUGUAAAUUUACUGUCCCCUCAAAACACUCAACACACAGCCAUUAAUGUCUAAACCGUUGGCAACAAAAGUGAGUACACCCCUAAGUGGAAAUGUCCAAAUUGGACCCAAUUUGGCCAUUUUCCCUCCCCGGUGUCAUAUGACUCGUUAGUGUUACAAGGUCUCAGGUAUGGAUGGGGAGCAGAUGUGUUAAAUUUGGUGUUAUCACUCUCACACAUACAAAGCAGCCCUGGAAAAAAAAAAUUGUGCCAGCCCAAUAAGUCACUGCGCCAUAUAUUGUCGCGUGUAAUAUGUAAGGCUAUGUCUUGCCAUGACAGAUGAUUGAGUAAUAUAUAUAUAUAUUCAUUGAAGAAAGGUGCACUAACAGGGCUUCAUCCAUAAGUAGUUUUAUUCUUAGAUGUGCAUUACAUGUGUAAUCAAAUCCUCAAUCAACGUUUCGACCCCUAAAGGGUCUUUUUCAAGAUCAAUUGAUCUUGAAAAAGACCCUUUAGGGGUCGAAACGUUGAUUGAGGAUUUGAUUACACAUGUAAUGCACAUCUAAGAAUAAAACUACUUAUGGAUGAAGCCCUGUGAGUGCACCUUUCUUCAAUGAAUAUUUAUACACUUACGCUGAGGUCUGCACCCAGGCAAAGAUAUAAAGGAAAACUUCAGUUAAUGGGUGAGUGCCAAGAGCAUCUUUGUAUAUAUAUAUAUAUAUAUAUAUAUAUAUAUACAUAUAUAUAUAUAUAUAUAUAUAUAUUGCUUUUUCUCAUAUAAAAUAUUGGUCCUUUCAGGGUAAAAUGUUUAAUUAUACAGUAAGCAUACUCACACGCAGACACAGGCAAUUUCAAUGACAUCUCAAUGACACACACAAGCUCAUUGAUACACAGCCUCAUAGACAAACAAUCUCACUGAUAUAUAUCAGCUCAUUGACAUAAAAACACAAGCUCACUCACUAGCAAGCACACGCAUGCAAGCAAGCUCACUCACUAGCAGACGCACACACACAGCUUAAUGUAGUGGUACUGUUGUCCCUACAGGCUUUUCAACGUAAACACUGACUUUUCAGAGAAAAUGCAGUGUAUACACUGCUUCAAAGUGACACUGCUAGUGACAGUCACUCAGACGGUCACUAGAGGUGCUUCCUGUGUUAGUGCACCUACAUUCAGGGCCUCCACACUCUGUAGGUGCUGAACGUUCCCCAUAGAGAUACAUUGAUUCAAUGCAUCUCUAUGAGGAGAUGCUGAUUGGAGUGGCGUUUUGCAGCCAAUCCUAUGGCAAAGCAUUGGAUUGGCUGAGAUCAUCAAGCUUGAUGAUCUCAGCCAUAGAGGCAGGGCCAGUCGAAGGGGAGACCAGCACGCUGCGUGGGGAAAAAAAAGGUGAGCAAAAACACUAUUUUUAAACACACAUAUACACCAUGACAGACACAGAAACACACAUAUACCAUGACAGAUACACACCCCAUGACAGAUACACACCCCAUGACAGACACACACACCAUGACGGACCAUGACACAGACAGACCCACACACACACACCAUGACACAGACAGACACACACACACCUCAUCAUGACGGACAGACACACACACACACACACCCCAUGACGGACAGACACACACACCAUGACGAACAGACACACACACCAUGACACAGACAGAGACACACAAACACCAUGACACAGACAUACACACACACACACCAUACAGACAGACACCAUGACACAGGCAGACAGACACACACCAUAUCUAUCAAAUCUACCCUAGGCACGAUAUACUACAAAACAGAGGUAACUCCAAUUGCGCUGCUUAGUGUACUAAAACAAUCACCUCCAACUCACCUUUAAACAUUACGGUGGACUCUCACUUUCAUCGAGGACACAUUACCUGUCCCACAGUAUAUUUCAAUAAUGCACCAAAAAUGUAUGCAUGUUCAGGUAUUUGGAGCUGUUCCUUUGCACCUCACCCUGUCACUGGUGCCUCAUUCCAGGACCCUAUUUAAUCUUGCACUGCAGGAGAAUGGUCUUUCCAAGUAAAAUGAAUUAAUCUGUUAAAAGCAGACAUUCGGUUACUAUGAUAGGGCCUGACAAAACUGGGGUUCAUUGGCGCUGUGGUAGGCUUUUGCAUUGCAUCAUAUACUGUAACUAAAUCCCCAUUAUUUGCCAGGUGUUUUUUUUUUUUUUAAACGCUGUUUAGUAGUGAGUGGGUGUGUGUGUGUGUGUAUAUAUAUAUAUAUAUAUAUAUAUAUGUGUGUAAUUUUAUUUAUGGUGUGCCAAAGUAUUCCACAGUGUUCUAUCAUUAUGAAAAAGUAACAAAUGGUAGAAUAGUUUGCAUUUAAAGUCACAUUCUUCAUAGAAAGUCCUUAUUUGGAUAUAUAGCAAGAUAUCAAAUUUAUAUCCAGACUGUAUAUAAAAGCAUAAAAUGAUUUUUUUCCCCUUUUUUCUAUAUCUAGAUCUUGACACUACAGGAGCAUUGUUAUUUUCUAUUAUAACAUUAAUGACAAUAUUCGCAUUCCUGGUGUUCUUAGAAGAAGCAUACUAUAUGUAUAAGAAAAUACCUGGCUCAAAAAAAUCUAUAAUGAUUUGGAUAAAUGCAGGAGCACCAGUAAGUAACCAAACAACCCCAUUUAACAAUAUUUGGGCAUGGGUGGAAAAGCAGGGCAUUUUAAAGACAAAAAAGAACCAUGCUAAAUUGGCAUAGUUCUUUUAGAUUUCUGUUGAUUAGAAAGUUUAAAAAGCAUGCCAACAAGAAGUUUACAAGUCAAGAUUGUAUUAAACUCUGUUGUAAUUGUAGUUGACUUUCAACUUGACAACCAUGAUGUAGAGUAGAGUAACAAAAUUUUAGACAAAGAAAAAUAAAAUUGCUGAACACAAAUAUUUGUGUUUCAAAACAGUAAAACGUAUCCCAACAAUGAUAUCGUCAGUGAAAGUGCUGUUUGUGUGUGAAAAAUGCAAAAAAAGGCACUUUCACUUACAAGAUCAUCGUCGUGAUACUGUUUGAAACACUAAUAUUUGUAUUCGGCAAAGUCUCCCGAGUAUAACAGUACCUCCCCCCAUGUACAGGUUUUACGGUAUCUUGGAAUGUUACAGUGCUCGCGAAAUAUAGGGCUUGCGAAGUAAAUUCUCUGGACUUUCUGCCUGGGUUGUCAGGCAGGCUCCUCAAAUAGUAAUUAAUAAAAUGAUUUAUUUAUGUAAAAAUAUUACAUUAAUAUAUACAUAGAAUUUAAAUAUAUAUGUAUAUAUACAUAUAUAUGUGUGUGUAUAUAUAUAUAUAUAUAUAUAAUUUGUAUUAUUUUUAUUUAUAUAUAGCUAUAUAUACAUACAUAUUUAUAACUUUAUUCUAAAUGUAUUUAUAUAUAUAUAUAUAUAUAUAUAUAUAUAGUAAUACAUACAUAGUACAAAAUUACACAUGUACAUAGUUUUUAAAAAAAAGCUGAAAUGAGAAUGUGACAAUUCUCAUUUCAGUUCACUACAAUUUGGUGUUUAGUGAAUAACCCUGAUUGAAUGAUACACCAGUAUGAUUUUUAAUGUCGCAUAGGUGCUUAAUUUCCUCUGUGAAAAUUGAUGUCAAUUUACUUUCUUACACUUGCUUAAAAACACUCUUAAUUCACAUUUAAAACCCACAAUGUAAACUUUACUGAAUAAUCUUAGAAUGUUAUUUUUAUUUUGUUUCAAUUUUUUAAAAUGUUUUUCACAUUUUUAUUAAAGAAAUGCAAGGUACACAUGUCACAAAGUACGUCACAAAAGUAAUUCACAUAUUUUACUAAGCCAAAGGUAUUCAAUGGUCUAUGUUACAAUCAGGUGGUAAUUGUAUCAUAUUAGUAAUAAUAAGAAGUAGGUAGACACAUUUAGAUUUUGAUAAGAAAAUAACAACACAAAUUAUUCUUAGUCUAGGUCAGUGGUAGCCAACCUUUUUCUACCUACUGCCUACUAAUGCAUCUUUCUUGAUGGAAAAAUGUCCUUACCGCCCACCAGUUUUCGCGCAAGGGUGGAAUAUUUUUUAGAAAGGAGGGUGUUUUAAAAAUAAUAAAUGUACAUACGUUUAUCUUUCUAUUUCUACUUAAUGCAUGUUUAUAAUGUUUUUAACUUUAUAAAGUUUAAUGAGAAAACAAUAAAGUAAAUUGAAAUUACCUUUACUAGUGAUUAAUGAGAUCCUUGAGGUUGAUGCUGCAAGACUAAAUAUUUUAUAUCUGGUUCGAUUUUUGUAAGGAACAAACAAAGGUCUCCUCUUUUGGUGAUAUUCAGACAACUUCUCUGUUUGCGCAUAAUAUGAUUUCUCAUCUGUGCGUCAGCUCCCCUCCUCUCCCUCCUCAAUUCCCCUCCCCACCUUUCCCCCUUUUUUUUACAUUUUUUAACCUUCCUUAUAGCAAUUCACAGUAGGAAGGCUGAGCUAGGUAUCCCACUUACUAUUACUUACUAUAGCCCACUAUAACAGACAGGUACACAUACAUACAUACAUACAUACAGACAUACAUACACACAUACAGACAGACAGGAACACACAUACAUACAGACAUACACACACAAGACACAUACAUACAAACAGACACACACAGACAUGCAUACAGACACACAUAAGACAUACAUACAAAGGCACAUACACACAGACAGACACAAGACACACAUACAUACGACACACAUACAUACAAAGACACAUACACACAACACAUACAUACAAAGACAAGACACACAUACACACAAAGACACAUACAAAGACACACACAUACAUACAAAGACACACACAUACAUACAUACAAAGACACACACAUACAAAGACACAUACAAAGACAGACAGACACAUACAAAGACAGACAGACACAGACACACACACAUACAGACACACACAUACAGACAGACACACACACACACACACACACAAGAGAUACAUACAAAGACGCAUACACAAACAAACACACACAAAAUAUUUUAGUCACCCUCCUGUUUCCUACCGUUAAGGUGCAGGAGGGUGACUUUCCCUGGGGUCCAGUGGUAGCUCAGGUGGAUGGGAGUCAGAGUUCCCACUCUGACUCCCUGGUCUUCCUCCCGCGCGGCUCUCAGUGUUAGCUGGGAGGAGUGACAUGCAGUCACUUCCUCCCAGCUCGGUGAUGUAAUCACAGGGGGCCGGGUCACGCUAUUAAAGCGCCCAGCGCUGACCGGGCCCCCUUACAAUCCACAUCCAUUGGGUGGCCCUGACAGACUGGGCCACCCGAUGGAACCCUCCAUAUGCAGCACCGGGGGUUUGCUGCGCGGGCCGGAAAUUGUGAUGGCGGUACCCGGUCGCAGGGGUACCGCCGGCUCGCACCCGCCCGCCCGGUCUCUCAAAAUUAGAAAAUCCCUACCGCCCACCUGGAAUCCUGAAACUCCCACUAGUGGGCGGUAGGGACCAGGUCGUAUUCCCAAAGGGCCAAGUAAAAUUGUAGAUUAUGCUAACUUUAGUGUACCGAUAAUCUUAAUUUUAUUAAUGACAGGAGGCGAGUAUUUGCUUAAGUCUUUCUUUACUUAAGCUUCACAGCAGCACUUUUUUUACUUAGUAACAGGGUAACCAAUCAGAAAAAGAGAUAACAAGGUAUAAGAGUCCCUCCCUGUGAUGUCACUUCCUCUUUCUGGCUGCGAACAAAUAGGAACAGGGACUGUAACUGAACCAGAUGAAGAAUUCAGGAUGCCAGAUGAGAAAGCAAAUGUUAGAGAGGGAACAGGAACGUAAACAUGUCUUCUUAGAGAGCCGAGGUGAUGCUUGAGAUGGAACGGCAACUGAACUUGUCUUCAUGAGGGGCUUUAUGCUGAAACGAGAAAGCAGAAUCGAAACCAAGGAUUAAUCCGAGAAUUGGAUUUAUAAAAUAUGACAUUCGGUAUUUAGAAAAUCUCGUCUAAAAGCCCACCUCCUACGAAGUGUAACCUAUCCACCCUUAGAGAGAAACCCUUAGCCCUCCCCACAGUAGAGGUACCUAGAGUAUGUAUUUAGUCUAGAUGAACUUACUUAGAUAGGUGACCUUAGGGAGGGGAAAAAAGAACGAGAGUGAAGGGUGGGAAAUACUCGCCUCCUGUCAUUAAUAAAAUUAAGAUUAUCGGUACACUAAAGUUAGCAUAAUCUACAAUUUUAUAACAUGACAGGAGGCUUCGUAUUUGCUGUUUUAACGCUCCCCAAGAAGGGCUAAGGAAGCGUGCACAGCCGGACGAAAAUAGAAGUUGCGGAAAGUCUGUUCCCGGGACCAGUCUGCUGAGUGGAGAAUGUCCCGAAGUGAGGCUCCAGCGCUGAAAGCUCCCGAUGCCGCCGCUCCCCUGAUAGAGUGGGCUCCGAAGGAGGCCUCAAUCCCAGCGAGGGAGAGCAACCACCUAACCCAUCGGGCAAGGGUUAUGGUUGACACCGGAUUAUGUGGACGGACGUAGGAGAUCAAUAGUUGGCUGGAGGAGGUUGAACGAAGGGAGGAGGUGAGUAGUAAAUAACGAGAGAGAAGUGAUACCACACACAAUUUUGGAUGGUUAGGGAAAUAAGGGUAAAAUACCGAAGAAGAGUUUGAUUUUGUCCGUCUGGACACGGAAAAGGUGACACCUUCGGGGGAAAAAUUGAUAGCGUCAUGGUCAAAAGCUCGAACAUCCGACACUCGUCGGAAGGAUACUAAGCAGAGUAGCAGGGUGAAUUUAGCCGAGAGUUGACGGAGGGUUAGAUCUUCGUUGUUCGGCCAGGUUUCCAGGAAACGAAUCAUGACGUUAACAUCCCAUAGAUGGGAGUAUUUUGGUGUUGGGGGGGCGAGCCAGUUUGAUGCCCCUCAAUAGUCUGCAAACCAGCGGGUCCUGGCCCGCUGGAAUCCCAUGUAGAGGGACAUGGGCUGCCGAGAUUGCUGACCGGGCCACGUUGAUGGACCGGUAAGUACGGCCUAAGUCGAACAGGUGUGAGAGGAAAUUCAGUAUGGACUGUCUAGGGGCUGUAAGGGGAUCGGUAUUCCGUUCCAUGCACCAAUUGCACCAAGUACUCCAGGAAGAAAGGUAGCAUCUUCUGGUUCCAGGAGCCCAGGAAUCCCAGAGAAGUUCUUUAGAUCUCUGCGAUAAUUCUCCGAAAUUCCAGGAUCCCCUGAAAGAGUCCAAGCCACUAAUUGGAGAUGACCUUGCAUUAUCAUCGGAUGAGGGUUUCCUUGAGGGUCCUCUAACAGGUUGGGCCAUAGAGGUAGAAGGAGGGGAUGUUGGCAGGAGAGGUCCAGGAGAUCUGGGAACCAUGCUUGGCCCUGCCAGAGCGGGGUGAGUAGUACCAGUGUGACCUGUUGUCUGCGAAUCUGAAGAAGGGUUCUUGGGAUCAUCGCGAACGGAGGGAAGGCGUAGGCUCCCGUCGUCGGCCAUUUCUGAAGAAAGGCAUCUACUGCCAAACAUUCCGGGUCUGGUAGCCAGCUGAAGAAGCGUGGGACUUGAAAAUUCGUCCGGGAGGCGAACAGGUCCAGAGUAAACGGGCCCCUGAGUUUGGAGACGUGGAGGAAGACUGACCUGUGUAAGCGCCAGUCGCUGCCGUCUCUCCAAUGUCGGGAGAACCAAUCCGCAGUGGUGUUCGUCUCCCCCGGAAGGUAUUCUGCCCGGAGUGUUAUGUUGCGCUGGAAGCAAAAAUUGUAGAUGUCCUUUGUCACCUCGGACAGGGUGUGAGAUCUGGCCCCGCCCAAUUUGUUGAUGUAUUGAACGGCCGAGAUAUUGUCCAUUCGGAGGAGAAUACAGCAGUCUGAGAGAUGAUUGGCCAGACUGCGGAUUGCAAACGAUCCUGCGAUUAAUUCCAGACAGUUGAUGUGGAGAGAGUGUUCUGCGUCGGUCCAUGGUCCCCCGGUGGAAGUUGUAUGACAAGUUGCACCCCAGCCUUGGAGGCUCGCGUCUGAUUCCACCACAAAGUCCGGAGUGGGACCAAAAAUUGCUUUGCCGUUCCAGGCAGACAUGUGGCGAAGCCACCAGUAGAGUUCCUCCCUCACCUCGGUAGUGAUCGGGACCCUUUGGUCGUAUGAUGGAUGGGUCUGGAGGAAUUGAGCCUUCAAGCGUUGCAUGGCCCGAUAAUGGAGGGGACCUGGGUAGAUUGCUUGAAUGGAGGCAGAAAGCAGGCCUAUAAUCCGAGCCAAACCUCGGAGAGGUAGAUCCACUUGGCGAAGCGUCUUGCGCAGUUCCUUCCUGAUCGCGGUUAACUUGGACUGAGGCAGGCGGAGAACACAGGUGGAGGAGUCGAUCUCGAAGCCGAGAAACUGUAUGAUUUGGGAUGGAGUCAGCGAGGAUUUUUCCUUGUUGAUGACGAAUCCCAAGGAUUCUAUCAAUGAGGAUGUGUAGUUCGUCUGUGACUGCAGCGUGGAGAUGUUGUCGCAGAGUAGUAAGAGGUCGUCGAGGUAGAUUAGGCAGCGAAAACCCCUUGCUCGAAGAUGUGCGGUGACUGGCUUGAGCAGUUUGGUGAAGCACCAGGGAGCGGAACUCAGGCCGAAUGGAAGGCAGGUGAAUUGGAAGAUCCGGUGGUGCCAGGGGAAGCGGAGGAAACGUCGACUGGAUGGAUGUACUGGCACGGAGAGGUAAGCAUCCUUGAGGUCGAGUCGGGUGAACCAAUCGCCUGGACGGAGAAUGUCUCUGAGGAGAUGUAUCCCUUCCAUUUUGAAAUGCCGGUAUAUCACGAAGGUAUUCAAUUGGCGAAGGUUGAUUACCGGGCGAAAUUCUCCCGAUUUCUUUUUGACCAGGAAUAUGGAACUUAGAAAGCCUUCGUCGUGUGGAGCGGGUUGAAUUGCUCCUUUUGUUAGCAAGGAACGUAGUUCUGAAUCGAGGAGGAGCCAUUGAGAUUUUGACAUUAUCGGGUAAUGGGGAGGACCUGUUUGAGUAGGGAGAGAAUAAAAUUCUAUGAAAUAACCCUGAACCGUGUUUAGAACCCAUGUAUCUGAAGACAGCGUCUUCCACAUAUCCACACAAUGUAACAACCUGCCCGCAUGAGAAACCGUAGAGAGGUGAAAAGUAGGAAAUCUCACCUGUUGGGUAUCUGUAGCGUCCACGGGCUCUACCUCCUCUUCCCCUAUCUGACCUUUGGGUGUAGAAACCUCUAUUUUGAUAGUUGGGGAAGAAUGGUGAAGUGGGGGUUCGUUGGCGUUGGCUUGUGGGCCAGAAGCGGCUGACUGCACGACCCCUUGGACGGCCAGCCCUGCCAAAAACCCGAGAGGGUUGUUGGUGGAAUACUCUUCUCAUGGAUGAUUGCGCCUUGUUCAGGGUGGCGUAUAAAUUUACAUGCUUGUGUAAUUCUUUAAUAUAGGGUUCUCCAAAUAAUAGACCCUUGGCCUUGGGGCCCAACUCUUUGGUCCCUAGGUCGGCUAGUUUGGCAUCCAUACGCAGCAGCACUGCUUUUCUACGCUCGGUAGAGAGGGAAGUAUUUGCAUUGCCCAGCAGGCAAAUGGAGCGUAGUGCCCAUUCUCUGAUCACAGAUGGGUCUAAAGGGCCCUCGUUAGUGAGGGCUUCAUCAGCCAGUAGAAGAAUUCUUGCCAAGGGCCCUAGGACAUCCAACAUCUUGUCCUGGGUGAUGCGUAGGCUGCGCUCAAUGCCCUUUUUAGGGUCACGGCCAGAUCUGGCUAAAUAUGUGUAGAGCAGGGAAUAAAACUCCGGGGUCAUAGCGACCUUGUCUGGUAAGGUGGGUCUAGGGCAUUCAGCUCUUAGGCGUUUGCGGACCUCCCGGUCUAGGGGUCUCCUUAUCCAGAAAUGGAUAUAUUGUGAAAGGUGAUUUGGGAGUGACCAUUCUGAAGAUCGAGGGUAUCUGAUCUGUCGUGGGUCAAAUAGUGGUUCACCAAGCGUAUCCAGAAAGGUUUCGGGUACUGAAACCUCAGUAGUGGGGUCUCCCGUGAUAUCUUGAGGGAAAGGUGCUUCUCUGAAAGAUGUCUCAGGCCAGACUUCUUCAUCUUCUGAAGAGUGGCCAGCUUGCCAUUCAUCUAGAAUGGCCAAUGGGUGUGAGUCGAAAGAGUCGUCUUCCUCCUCCGACAAGGUAGGCUGUAUGGAAUGUUUUUCCCUGGCGUCCGCUUGUUUUGGGCGUUUAGCCGGUUCUUUCCCUUUGCGUUUGAGUGAUUCUGGCCCAUCCCCUUUCCAAUAUCGUUUAUUGAGUUUGGAAGGGUUCCUUCUUGUAGAAUCGGAAUCAUCCGCCUCUUCAUCAGAGUGCGGGGGCUCAGAAAUUUUGGUAUCUUUGGGCUCAAUGGGCAGCACCCGAGCCAGGGUCUUUUCUAGUGAAGCGGCAACAGCCGCGUUUAUAAUCGCUUGCAGAUUUUGAUCUUGGUUUGAAGCCUCCAUAGCAACAGUGUUGGUACCUAUGGGGCAGAAUAGGCCAGCAUUAGAAAGUAUUUUAGGGCCGUCUAGUAUAUCAAAAGAUAUUUAAUUUCAACAGUGCAAGCUGUAAUGGGGGUCACCCAGAUACAAUAACCUCAGAGUGCUUAUUUAAACUCGUGUAGAGGUAUGGUGGCACAGACAAAGCGGGCCAGUCAUGGGCUGUAUGGUAUAACAGCAAUCAUAAAAUAUAUAGGGACUUACCCUUAGAAAAAUCACAAUAUGACUGUGAUAAAUAUUUAGCUGGCUGGUAUUGGGGGUUGCUCCCAAUAUAACAGUAUUGAGUAGUUUAAUAUACAUGCAUAAUAAUAUUGGUAAUGUAGUACCUUUAAUUCACCACCAGGGGGAGUAGUGUAAGCGAAAAUUCUCCUGAACUGAAUUACAGAGAGAAGUAUCUCUUGUGAAAAACAAAUUCUGCUCUGAGGGAAAUAUUGUCUGAGAAAUAUAAGUGAGAGAACUUAUAUAUGUGAAACUUGUAAGAUAUUUGUACUGCCGAUUAACAAUUAAAAUGGCCGCCGUGCGGCUAGAAUGGUCGCCGAUCGCGGCUCCAACAAAAUGGCCGCCGCGAUCUCGCGCAUGCGCAAAAGGUGCAAACGGCCGUUCGGAUCUCGCGGCAAUGCGCGAGAUCCAAGAUGGCCGCCGUGCGCGCUCAGGGCCGAUGGAGGCGUACUCCACAGCCCAAAAGCCCGGGAAAAACGGGGCAGAAUAUGCCGACCGCAACCCGGACCAAUAAAAGUAAGAGACACAAUGAAAAGGUAUAGAAAAAUGAAACAGAACGUAAGGGACAGUACAAAAGGACUAAAGGGAGAAAAUUAGGCAGUAAUAAGUUAAGAGAGAAAACUUUAGAAGAUAGCUAAGGUGGGACAAGCACCUUAGAAAUAGGAAUAUAAGAAUAUAGCUAAAGUAUGGGAAACAUAGCUAAGAAAAAACAAAGAUUAAAUAACAAGUUAAAAUAAAGAGGAGAGUAAAUAACCCACAGAAAGUAAGAGGCAGUGGCACUCUGACCUGUACUGGUGUGAAGCAGCAAAGAAAGAGGAAGUGACAUCACAGGGAGGGACUCUUAUACCUUGUUAUCUCUUUUUCUGAUUGGUUACCCUGUUACUAAGUAAAAAAGUGCUGCUGUGAAGCUUAAGUAAAGAAAGACUUAAGCAAAUACGAAGCCUCCUGUCAUGUUAUAAAAUUACAUUACAUAGCAGUAAACUCCUUUUAAAAUAAUUUUUUAAAGAUAAUUGGGGGAUAGACACUGGACUGAGGACUGAAGGGCAGUGUAAAAACUACAGAUACACAGUAAAUUGUGUAACAAACAAGUGUGAUAUAGAAGGCGCUUAGAAUUGAAAAAUCUAUGAAAAGCAGCUAUAAACACUCAGCGGACACUCCAAAAAAUCCACUAACUUAAACAAAAUACAAAGAAACUACAACCCAAUAUUUUUGGUGAUAUAGCUCACCAACUAAACAUUAAAAUGUAAGUGCAGCACUUAAAAGUGUAAAUAAAAACUUUCCCUUAAAAUAUUAUGGGGGUUAAAACCAUACAUAUAAGAAAAAAGAAAAAGAAAACACACAAUAGUGUAUUAUUGUAUAACUGUAAAAACAAAUAGUGAAGUAAGUGAUGGAAUACCUACAUUUAUAGAUGCUUUUGUGGGUAUAGGGUUUAAACACAAGAGCUUCAGGGCCUUUUAAGGCGACAACCAAUAGCUUCUUUAAGAGGAUCUUCGGUAUACCUCUCCACAGAUUCAUAUAUAAAAGUGAAAAGAGCAAAAAGGAUCAAAUCCAGGUGUACUAGGUUUGGUAUUAAUAUAUAAAGCAAAAUUAGGAUAAACUGAAAUGAAGUGGAUAAAAUAAAUUAAGACUAAUUUUUAAACCAAUUUCUGAAUUCUCGCAAUUCUAUAUCAGGAUUUUUAUAUUUACAUAAAAUAAAUUCAUACAUUAUACAGUGAGGGAAAAAACGUAUUUGAUCCCCUGCUGAUUUUGAACGUUUGUCCACUGACAAAGAAAUGAUCAAUCUAUAAUUUUAAUGGUAAGUGUAUUUUAACAGAGAGAUACAGAAUUUUAAAAAAAUCCAGAAAAACGCAUGUCAAAAAAGUUAUAAAUUGAUUUGCAUGUCAAUGAGUGAAAUAAGCAUUUGAUCCCUUAUCAAUUAGCAAGAUUUCUGGCUCCCAUGUGUCUUUUAUACAGGUAACGAUCUGAGAUUAGGAACACUCUCUUAAAAGCAGUGCUCCUAAUCUCCUAGCACCUGUCCACAAAAGCAAUCAAUCAGAUUCCAAACUCUCCACCAUGGCGAAGACCAAAGAGCUGUCCAAGGAUGUCAGAGACAAGAUUGUAGACCGACAAAAGACUGGAAUGGGCUAUAAAUCCAUCGCCAAGCAGCUUGGUGAGAAGGUGACAACAGUUGGUGCGAUUAUUUGCAAAUGGAAGAAACACAAACUAACUGUCAGUCUCCCUCGUUCUGGUGCUCCAUGCAAGAUCUCACCUCUUGGAGUUUCAAUGAUCAUGUGUAUGGUGAAGAAUCAGCCCAGAACUACAUGGGAGAAUGUUGUUAAUGAUCUCAAGGCAGCUGAAACCAUAGUAACCAAGAAAACAAUUGGUAACACACUACUCCAUGAAGGACUGAAGUCCUGCAGCGCCAGCAAGGUCCACCUGCUCCAGAAAGCACAUGUACAGGCCCGUCUGAAGUUUGCCAAUGAACAUCUGAAUGAUUCAGAGGAGAACUGGGUGAAAGUUUUGUGGUCAGAUAAGACCAAAAUCAAGCUCUUUGGCAUCAACUCAUCUGGCUGUGUUUAGAGGAGGAGGAAUGCUGCCUAUGACCCCAAGAACACCAUCCCCACUGUCAAACAUGGAGGUGGAAAUAUUAUGCUUUGUUUUUCUGCUAAGGGGACAGGACAGCUGCACCGCAUCAAAGGGUUGUUGGACGGGGCCAUGAACCGUCAAUCUUGGGUGAGAACCUCCUUCCUUCAGCCACGGCAUUGAAAAUGGGUCUCACUGUGAGGUCUCUCACUGUUAAAUGCACCUACCAUUAAAAUUAUAGACUGAUCAUUUCUUUGUCAGGAGGCAAACGUUCAAAAUCAGCAGGGGAUCAAAUACUUUUUUUCCUCAUUAUUUAUUUUUUACUUGUCUGAUAUGGUUUAAUGUGUAAUAAAGUACAGUAUGUUAAAUCAAAUCCAGUAUUUUUAUUGUAAUACACUUCCAUGCUUGAUAUAUAUGUUUAAUAUAUUUUUCUUCUUUUAGUUUUAUGUAAAUACUCUUAACCGAGUACAUGCUUUACAUAUAAACGAAUAAGGACGUUUAUAUGGGACUUAAUUCUACAUAUAUUGCUUUAAGAAUCCAAGGCAACACAUUAUACAUCAGAGAAUUCAAGUGACACGCCACAAUACACGCUAAGUGCAUUGUGGGUUCUGUAGUCACACACCAAAAAAUGGAAGUGACGGGAUGGGACACUUACUUUACGUGUCACUUACUUUACAAAAAUCUUAGUUAAGAAAUGGAUCCGCACACCCCAUGCCCCCCCCUCACCCCCCCACCACCACCACAUUAGCACCUGUAAGGAAAGUGUUUCAAUUUGAAAACUGAAUCAGGAGGCAGGGAAUUCUCGGAUUCACAAACAGGAACCAUGAAGACAUCUACACACCACUUGAAAAAGCCCUUACCGGUCAAACACAUCUUUCAAGAAGGAAGAACCUUUGCCUUUUCUGUUAAAAGUAUUUUAGUUUUAAUUUGGUUUUAUUUCAAAUCUAUUCUUUUUAAUACUAACCUCUCCUCAUAUUCUCAUCCAUAUCCUGUUUCCAGAAGGUAGUGUCUCCCUACAAAUUGGCACAAGGUCUGAAAACGUUGAGCCAGUUACAAAUAGGCUCCUAAAAAGGUGAGCACACACCUGUAUAUACCAGAGUAGUUGUGCUGCUUUAUAUAUUGAUACUAAACAUACUACACUUAGAUUUGUACCUUUUUUGUUAUUUUUACUUUUAUAUAUAAAUCGGUGGAGAGGUAUACUGAAGAUCCUCUUAACCCCUUAAGGACCAAACUUCUGGAAUAAAAGGGAAUCAUGACAUGUCACACAUGUCAUGUGUCCUUAAAGGGUUAAAGAAGGUAUUGGUUGCUACACAGAAGCUCUUGUGUUUAGAGUCUAUACCCACAAAAAGCUCUAAUAAAUGUGAAUUUUCUGUCAUCAACUUUACUAUCUAUAUUUCACAGUUAUAAAAUAAACUUUUGUGUGUUUUCCUUUUAUUUUUUCAUAUUCGUAUGGUUUCAAUCCACACAAUAUUUGAGGUGUGUGGCAAAUGUGCCUAUGCCACAAGCUCCUGAAGGAGCCUGCUGGCUAGCCUCCUGCCCAAGGACAAUGGGCCAUGUAACCGAUGCCUUAAAAUACUUGUUUCAUGUGUUUUCCCUUUUUAGGUCGGGAACCGAACAAACUUACGAAUUGCGGACCACCUCUGGGCUUGUAAACAAUAUUAAACUCUCCUGACACCUCCAACAUCGUUUCACACUUUGUAUCAUAAGUGUUCAGCUGGGUGGCCGCUGUUUGUAUGCAUGAACACAUAGGAACUGAGUUGGCGGUCAUCUUGGCGCACGAAUGCAGGCACCGGUGUUCGGACAUCGAGUGUAUGGAACUGAAAUCGGACAGACAAACUUGCGAACACUGCUGAACAUAUAUGAAUGCCUGCUUCUUUUCUACACAUGUCAGGAGAGUGCUGUUCGGUAGGAUUGUUCGCAUGAACUAGGCAAACAAUCGCUACCUAGGAGCCAGAGGAUCAGUUUGGUGUUUCAUUCGGUUUUGAACUCCCAAAAAUGACCCACCGCUACCACUUUUCUUAUGGAACUAUUUUGGGCAAAAAACAUUUGUGGGAUCUGAUCGCUUUUUGGAUAUGUUGGUGGCUCAGAUCCAGGCUGUCCGGGUAUAUAGGACUUGUGGAAGUCCCUUGUAAUAUUGUGUGUGUUUUGGUGUGUUCAAUAUUUUGAACAUUGUACCUCUGUGCCUGGGAGAUAAUUAGUUUAAGCAAAGUACACUUAAUUAUCUACCAGACACAGAGACUCCGGGGAGGAGUCUGUAUUGAAUCGUAUGGAAACCCCCUGUUGGGGGUCUGUGUAUAAAUUGCCUGUACCAUGCCCCAUUAACUUUAGUUCCCUCCCAGCAUUAAGUCUCGGCUAAUGUCUGUGUGGGAAGGCUAUACUCACUCCAGAGCUCUAAUCACUUGGCAGCUAUAAUCACUACACAGCUGUACUCGCUGCAGGAGAGCUUUGAUCACUGGAAGCUCAAUACAGUGAAGCAACGGCGAGACCCCAUUCAAGGUGUGGCGGCUAGGGGCUGAGGUGCUGAUGGUGUCCAGGCGAUAGCUAGGGAGCUUAUUUGGCGGUCACCACAAGGGGUAAGUUUAUAUUUAUACUUUUUAGCGAUGGACUUAUAUCCGUUCCAGUCUCUGUUAAAAUCCAAACCAGACACAUCUCAUUAUACUUAAAGAGGUACUGAUUAGGUGAUCACCUGAAUCGAAUCUGAUUUAAUUAGGAAAAGUAUACAAUCCACUGCAGUGGUCAUCACUAUCCUUUUUUUAAGUGGACCAGCUGGAUGGCAAAAAGACAGUGCUAGUAGUACCUCAAAAGUAAUUUAAAUUUUAAAAAAACUAUUGGCCAUGCCAUGUUCAAAAAUAAGGUUUUGAGUGAGAAAAAGAAAAAUUCAAUUCUGGCUUUGCUAGCAGAGGAAUACAGUGAGUGUCAGGAUGCUUCUAUCCUCAACAUUUCAAAGAUGAUGGUUCAUUAGAACAAGAUCAAGUAACAGACAUUUGGGUUAACAAAGGUACAGAUUGGAAGAGGGCGAAAAUGACUCUCUACCGACUGUGGUGAUUGCCAACUCAUUCGAAUGUCACUCAACACCUGUAGGAUGACAUUAAGGGACCUAAAAAAAACAGCAAAUGGCAGCUGGGGUGAAGUGCACAGUGUGUCCAUUCAUCAAUGAGAAGCAAAGAAGAGCCAGGCUGAGGUUUGCAAAUGACCAUAAGGAUUGGACCAUAGAGGAUUGGAGUAAGGUCAUCUUCUCUGAUGAGUCCAAUUUUCAGCUUUGCCCAACACCUGGUCAUCUAAUAGAUAAAAGGGAGACUUGGAGAGGUCUGAGAAGCCAAAGUGUCUUACACACACACACACAAUGAAAUUUAGUGGUGGAUCGGUGAUGAUAUGGGGGUUCUUCAGCAAGGCUGGAAUUGGGAAAGUUCAACUUUGUGAAAGAUGCACAAGUCAAGUUGAAUACCAGGUUUUCUUGGAAAAAAAACUUGCUUUGUUCUCUUCUGACAAUUUUCCCCAACUUUGAGGAUUGUUUUUUUUCAGCAGGACAAUGCUCUAUGCCACACAGCCAGGCAAAUCAAAGUGUGGAUGGAGGACGACUCGAUCAUAACCUUGUUAUGGCCAGCCUAAUCUCCAGACCUGAACCUCAUUGAAAACCUCUGGAAUGUUUUCAAAAGGAAGGUGGAUAAUUGCAAGCCAUGAAACAAAGAGAGGCAAUUUUUUUUAAAUAAGGAGAGGCAUAAAGUCACCAAAAAGCAAUGUGAAAGACUGGUGGAGAGCAUAACAUAACCAUGAAAGCUGGAAUUGAAAGUCAGGAUUAUUCAGCUAAACAUUGAUUUCUGAACUCUUUUUAAGUUAAAACAUUAGUAUUUUGAGGUUUAAACAUGUAUAUACAUUAAUUGAAUACUUAAAGCGCUGCAUCUUUUUAAUUUUGACCAGUUUUCAUUUUCUGCAAAUAAAUGCUCAAAAACUGAAUAUUUGAUUUAGGAGUAUAGUUGUCACUAGUUCAUUUUACUCAAACACAUACCUAUAAAUGAAAUUGUUUAUUUUGCAGAGGCCUUUUAAUUGUUUCCAGAUAUUUAUAUAAGUCUUUUGAAUUUAUAUUAUUUUAUUCGUUAAACUGAUUUCUGCUGAGCUGACAAAAAUUUAUUUCAAUACAGUUUCUGAGAAAAAAUAAAUAAAAAUAAAAAGUAUAUAUAUAUAUACAAAUAUAUAUAUAUAUAUUUUAAUAUAUAUAUAUAUAUAUAUAUAUAAAUAAUUUAUAUAUCAGAAAUUAACCAUCAUUGACUAUUUUAUAAAAAAUGUUUUGUUAGCCUUGUUCUAUCUAACUAUGCCAAUCUGAUAAGUUACAGGUCAUAACGCAGGUUCUUCAGUUAUUUAACAUCUUAUAAUUUAUUUUAUAGAUUAUCGCAAUAACAGCAUGCGUCGGAAUGUGGAUACCUCGCAGCACUAUGUUCACUGACUUCACUGCAUCUGUGUAUGUAUAUCUUCCUUAAGCAAUAUAAUCAUCCAUUAUCUGAAAAACCAGUGAUAAAAUCUAGAAUAUAAUUCCAGAAACAUAUUUGAAACUAUCCAAAAAGUGUGAAGAGCUUCAUUAGUUAUUAUGGGUUACCUGCUGAUCAACAAAAUUCAUUUAGGUCAGCAAUAACUGUUCUGAUUCAUGAUUGGAGUCAGAGUAGUUCUUUCACUUGCAGCUGGACAUAAUCUGAUUACUACUUUUGUGACCAAAAAUAUACAUCCCCUCGCAGCAACUAUGGACAGUGGCUUGGAUCAACUAUAUAUUCUUUUGAUUUGUCUGAGUUUAUUGAAACAAAAGCUCUAACUCACAGCUGUAUGAAGGUUUUUUAGUGAUAUUAUCUUCCAAAUCCAACCAACCUAACUCUGUCCACAUCUUAUAUGGGUCUUAUCUGAGCCAAUUGUGUUCAUGGUUAGUGUUAGGAUAUUGUCAGGGUUAAUAGUUGGUGUUAGCAUGGUGUAAAGGUUAUUAUUUAGUUAAGUGUAGCGGGUUAAUGUUUAGAUAUAUUGUAGGAAAUAAUAUUUAGUUAUAGUUAGUGUAGGGAUCAGUGCGUAGUGUGUUAGAGUAGUGUAGGGUUAAGAAGAGGACUUUAUUGUAAGAGCAGCCUACAUGUCUCAGUGCUGCUUGAUAUUACUGGAAGUCACGGUCGAAACCGACAACUAUUUCUGCUGUUGUAAACUCAGUAUUGUGAUAACAGCUAAUCUCAGACAGACCAUGACACGCAUGUCUCAGACUGCACAGGAAUAUUACCUAUUCAUUAUGAGAUAACAUUGCCUUGUUUGCAGGAUUGUAAACAUGCUUUGCCUAUUAACAGAACAGAUACAUACAUACAUACAUACAUACAUACGCCACAGGAAUUCCUUGCUCACAAGCUGAAAAUCCCCUGUAUUGCCGGGUGCCAAAACCAAGGCUUUAAUAGAUAAAAAUAGAUAAAAAAUUACUGCAUUUUUUCCUGAAGAAAGUCCCUGGGAGAACUGAAACGUUGAAUUUUAAUUGCAUAAAUAAAGAUAGGAUUUUUUAAAAGACCGAGAGUGCAGCCUCACCAUUUACCAUUUUAUAUAUUUAUAUAUAUACAUACACUGAACAAAAUUGUAAACGCAACACUUGUUUUUGCCACCAUUUUUCAUGAGCUGAACUCAAAGAUCUAAGACUUUUUCAAUGUAUACAAAAGGCCUAUUUCUCUCAAAUAUUGUUCACAAAAUAUAAAUGCAUUGUUUUCUCGCUCUUAGAAGCUUCUUAGAGCUUUAGCACUGGAUAGUAUACUAUGUUGCCUCACAAUAUUGAGAAAUAAUAUUGCAACAUUGUGUCCACCAUGAGAGUUGGUUAUAUUAAGUAUCUGUAUUUCGUACCGCUUUCAUAUUCCUUAACUUACCACUUGGGGUAGACUUUUUUUUCCUUGGAUAUUGGGCGGUGUUCACCUUUUUGAUUUGGGCAGGUAAAUUGCUUUUCACUGAGAUUGGCCUUACUUCCUUUGAUAAGGGGGUGGGCAUGCUAAGGUACACAGGUGUCAAGUAUUAUGAGGUGCCUAUUUAAGUAUUUUGUAUUUCAUCAUACUUCCCCUUUAUAAAGCUCUGUGUGUCAGAGGUGGACUGAUUUUGAGUAAAGAAGUUUAUGCUAUUUUGCAUUGAAGAAAAAAAUCUCUCUAUCUCAAAAUUUUUUUUAAAUCUUUUUUUCCAAUGGAUCCUGGAUCCUUGCACUCUGGCCAAACAAUUUAGUAUAGUGCCGGGUGCUAUAAGCCAAGGCCAAUAAGUAUAAAAAUGCCAAGGAGGUAGCUUGCACUCACAGUCUUUCCAGAGAUUAAAAUGCAAUACUUUAUUGAUGUUGAUGAAAGUCCUGGACGGGGACUGAAAUGUUGAUCUACAUUUUAAUUGUUCUUCAAUAAAGUAUCGCAUUUUAAUCUUUGGAAAGUGCGUGAGUGCAAGCUACCUCUUUGACAUAUAUAUAUAUAUAGAUAUUGAAAGAGAGAGAGAGAUAUAAUCCUGUUGUACAUCACCUACAUAUCUCAAGUUGCACUUCUUGAAGUCCCCUUUGGGCACAUAAACUCAAAAAAUCAUGUUUACACAAAUAUCCCAGAGUUCCCAACUUGACAUGCAAAUGAGCACAGGCAGGCAUUGUGUUUAAAUUUUCCCUCUGCAUUUCUGCAGGUACCCUUAUCAUAUAUAUAUAUAUACAUAUAUAUAUAUAUACAUAUACUAUACUCAUAAACUCUUUUUUCCACUAUACAGAUUCCUUGCCGUGUUCAUACACAAGUUUCAGCAGAUGUUGGUGAGUGAAUGUGGUGGUAGACGAGAAUUUCUUAAGAUGUUUUCAGAGAAAAAACUGGAGCUGAGCACAGGUCCAUGCUGCUGCUGCUGUGUCUGUCUGCCCCGUAAAGACAUUAACAGGUGAGUCAAAAAUACAAAACAAAGAGGAUCUAGAUGUUCCUUAAAUUGAUGUGUUAGAAGUAGUCAUAAAUCUACACUGAGUGAUUGCCAUAGCAGUUGGCCCGCCUGGCCGGUUUUAUCACUCUCUGCUAAGUCAGCCUGGGUGGUCCAGUCACCCAGUCAGACCCAGACUCCAGUAAAGUCGCUGGCCUACACUGGCACCCCCAGUGAGCUGGCGCCGUAGUCCACUGCCUAAGUGGCCUAUAUGGUAGCCACGGCCAUGUCCUCUGGUUUAUCAUUAAACACACAUCACUGGUCAAUAGUGACCAAAAACAAUUAAGGAACCAUUUGCACAGAGAACAUUUGUGUAUACUUUCUGUCAUGCAUUUUCCAUCAUUGCCAUGUUUUUUUGCAUCACUAUUCAUGAUCCAUUAAUUUGACCACAGCUAAUAGCUGAAGGAGUUUGCGUUUUGGCUUUACAAUAUUUUUGCCCAUUUUUUACUACUGUGGAAAGCCCAUGGAGCUGCCAUGCUUUCUGCAAAAAAGUGAAAGCUAUACUGAAGAGGACAGGGUUGCAUUUUUAUUUUAAAAAAAAUUUAGUAUGGGGACUGACUCAAAAUAAAUACCAUUUAUAAUUCAAAAGCACAUUCUUAACAUUUAUUUUCAUUAAAAAAGAAAAUAAUGUAAAAUUAAAAUCAAACUAAUAUCAUGACAAAUGUACUGAACAAUCCUGCAUAUUUAGGAAGAUCAAGGGCUUAAGGUGGACAACUAUUAACAAAUAAUUUAUGGUAUGGUCCUUUGUGACUGUAUUUUGUCUCCUACAGCUCUGUACAGCACUUUGUUAGUUGAAAUAAGCAUUAAAGAGAAUAUGCCUAUUUUGUGAAAACAUGAGAGGGCUAGCUACUAUUCAUCUUUUCUACAAACAAAUAGUUUACCACACUAUAUUCCCUUUCUUAAUUUAACAUUAAAUGAUUGAUAUUAACACGGCAGAGACUAGAGUACACAAUGAAACAAUACUAUUACCUAAUAUACAGUUGCAAGAAAAAGUAUGUGAACCCUUUGGAAUCACAGUCUGCUUAAACUAAUAACACACAAAGAAUGAAAUGUUGCCAUGUUUUUAUUGAACACACCAUGUAAACAUUCACAGUGCAGGUGGAAAAAGUAUGUGAACCCCUAGACUAAUGACAUCUCCAAGAGCUAAUUGGAGUGAGAUGUCAGCCAACUGGAGUCCAAUCAAUGAGAUGAGAUUGGAGGUGUUGGUUACAGCUGCCCUGCCCUAUAAAAAACACACACCAGUUCUGGGUUUGCUUUUCACAAGAAGCAUUGCCUGAUGUGAAUGAUGCCUCGCACAAAAGAGCUCUCAGAAGACCUACGAUUAAGAAUUGUUGACUUGCAUAAAGCUGGAAAGGGUUAUAAAAGUAUCUCCAAAAGCCUUGCUGUUCAUCAGUCCACGGUAAGACAAAUUGUCUAUAAAUGGAGAAAGUUCAGCACUGCUGCUACUCUCCCUAGGAGUGGUCGUCCUGUAAAGAUGACUGCAAGAGCACAGCGCAGACUGCUCAAUGAGGUGAAGAAGAAUCCUAGAGUGUCAGCUAAAGACUUACAAAAGUCACUGGCAAAUGCUAACAUCCCUGUUAGCGAAUCUACAAUAUGUAAAACACUAAACAAGAAUGGAUUUCAUGGGAGGAUACCACAGUGGAAGCCACUGCUGUCCAAACAAAACAUUGCUGCACGUUUACAGUUUGCACAAGAGCACCUAGAUGUUCCACAGCAGUACUGGCAAAAUAUUCUGUGGACAUAUGAAACCAAAGUUGAGUUGUUUGAAAGAAACACACAACACUAUGUGUGGCAAAAAAGACACAGCACACUAACAUCAAAACCUCAUCCCAACUGUGAAGUAUGGUGGUGGGGGCAUCAUGGUUUGGGGCUGCUUUGCUGAAUUCCCAAGUUUAUCAAGACAUUUUGCAGGAGAACUUAAGGCCAUCUGUCUACCAGCUAAAGCUCGACAGAAGAUGGGUGUUGCAACAGGACAAUGACCCAAAGCAUAGAAGUAAAUCAACAACAGAAUGGCUUAAACAGAAGAAAAUACACCUUCUGAAGUGGCCCAGUCACUCCUGACCUCAACCCAAUUGAGAUGGUGUGGCAUGACCUCAAGAAAGCGAUUCACACCAGACAUCCCAAGAAUAUUGCUGAACUGAAACAGUUCUGUAAAGAGGAAUGGUGAAGAAUUACUCCUGACCGUUGUGCACGUCUGAUCUGCAACUACAGGACACGUUUGGUUAAAGUUAUUGCUGCCAAAGGAGGUUCAACCAAUUAUUAAAUCCAAGGGUUCACAUACUUUUUCCACCUGCACUGUGAAUGUUUACAUGGUGUGUUCAAUAAAAACAUGGCAACAUUUCAUUAUUUGUGUGUUAUUAGUUUAAGCAGACUGUGAUUGUCUAUUGUUGUGACUUAGAUGAUGACCAGAUCACAUUUUAUGACCAAUUUGUGCAGAAAUCCAUAUCAUUCCAAAGGGUUCACAUACUUUUUUCUUGCAACUGUAUUUUAGAAUCAUACUUUGAGGCAGCAGUCCACAAUCAUCACUAUGCUAGUGGCCCAGGGUGCAAUUGAAUGUCUGUCCGCCUUGGUAGUCCUCUCAUGUGCAAUCUCUGGCUUAUUACUUAAAGGGACUCUCCAGUGCCAGGAAAACUUAUCCAUUAUCCUGGCACUGCAGAACCCUGCAGUGCCCAUCUCCCUCCCAUCACAUGUUGCUGUAGGGGUUAAAACCCCUUCAGUGACUUACCUGAAUCCACCCACACUCCGACGUCAGCCAUUCAAUGCUUUCCUAUGGGGAUUCCAGCAUAGCAUAAGGACGUCCAACAUAGUUUUAAACACUUUUCGUGUUCUAAGAACACGGAAGUCCCUCUAGUGGCUGUCUGAUAGACAGCCACUAGAGGAGGACUUAACCUUGCAAGUAACACUUGCAGGGUUAAGGGUUGAGUUUUUAUAAUCUGCAAUAAUUACCUUGCAGGGUUAAGAGUGGUGGGAGUUUGCACCCAGACCACUCCAAUGGGCAGAAGUGGUCUGGGUGCCUGGAGUGUCCCUUUAAUGAAACAUGCUAACUUUUUAAAAUUAGAUUUGCUCAUUUUUAAUUUUAACAGAGAGAAGAAGGCUACACCACUACAGGAAUUGCCUAAAUAAAACAAUGAAAUAGAAAAUAAAAUGAAUGAAACAUUUUAUUUAGACAUCUCUUAAUAAUAAAUAAAUUGUAACAGGAUGAAGAAUACACACACAUAUUAAUGUGAAAGUACACAGAACUUGAGAAUGGAUAGUACUAGUGAGAAUUGUAAUACCCUAAACAGCAGAUAGGUUCAGGGGGUGUAGAUAUUGACACUAUAGCAAACUACCCCCAGAGGUCUAUCUGAAUAAACAAAAUAUCCUACGUUCAUAUUAGAACUAGCAAGUUAUAUUUACAGUGUGUAAACAGAGAUUGAAUAUUAUUAAGAGUAUUAAUAGGAGCCAGAGUCAGGAACAUAUAUAUCAGUGAACACCUGAUAUAGGAUUUUGUUUUCCUAUUUUUGUUUAAAAUAAGCAAACAAACAUGUAAAUGGCAUUGACGUUUUUAACAGUAAUAUGCUUCUCACAGAAUAGCACUGCAGACACACGUCAUGAUAAGCACUGAGUCCAAUAUGGUAUUGGCAGUGGAUCUGGGAAGACAAAAUCACACUGUACAUGUAUAAUUACUGUACUUGUAUGUCACAAUGUAUUAGUUCAUUAUUAGAUUGACUUAAAUACAAAAUAAAUGAGUUUUGCAGUAUAUUGUAAUAUCUUUUUGUGUUGAACUAAAGGGAUUUUGGAACAACAAGCUAUUGGGAGUUAAUCCCAUAAUAAUGAUUUUAUUAAGUCACAAUUGUCUAACUAGUAAGCACUUACACAGUUAUUUUUUUUAUUUUGCAGCCGAACAUUAUUUAUUCUAAAACUUGGGACCUUUCAAUUUGCAUUCCUACGGCCUGUGCUUAUGUUUCUCUCAGUAGUGCUUUGGACCAAUGGAACCUUUAUUUUAGGAAGUGUGAGUAUAUUAUAUAAUGACUGUAAUGAUCAGAAGUGACUGCCAAAUGUGCCACCAUUACUUUUUUCCUUUGUGCCGUACUGAAUGACAGAGAUGAAUUAAUGUUCCUGGUCUGUAAAUCUGGGAAUGAUUCUUAGUAAUGAGUGUAACAAAGGAGACAUUGGACUCUGGAUAUAUUUGCUGGGCUACAUGUGACCCAUUUGCAUAUGAAUCUCUAUGACCACUAUUUUUGAACCACUUGUUGUAUGAUAUAGUAGUAGUAUUAUUAUUACCCUUAGUAUUAUUUUUAUCAGGUAUGCACUGUUUUAGUAUUAGAGGGAUGUGGUUUUGUGGUCUGUAAGUUAAUAUUUAGGGUAUACUGAAAACUAGAACAUUAACUUAUUCUUUAUGCAGUUAAAUAAGAAGCACACAGUUAUGCUACACUAAAAAAAAGAAAAUAAACAAAAACAAAAUAGCCAAAUCCUAUAAGAGUAUUAUUUUGCUAAUGUUUUAGAUAAUUACUCAAUGUUAAUUAGAGAAUAGCUUAUCUUCAACAUUUGAUAAAGGUGCAAUAACAUUUGGUUUACCUGGGACUAAUUAAUGAUUUACUUCACUGCCCGUGGGUUUUCGAGGUUCUGAACAAAUAAAAAGGUUCCCAUUUAGGAGAUGAUUACAUUGUUCUAUAGCCAUACCAUUUUUCUACCAGCAAUGUGCUGCGGUGAUAGGUCUCUGAUGAGGUCUCAGCCAAUAGCCGCUGUCCAUUGCCAGUCAAGCGAAUGGUUCCUCAUUACUUCGAGCAGCUACUUGUCUGUGUCAUGAGAGUGGCAGACUAUAAACAGUAUGGAUUAGGAAGAGCGACAAGCUAGAGAGUCAAUGAUAUUUAGCUCUUAAUUUAGUCAUCUAGAUGGCAACCAAUCAGCUUAAUGUCUACCCACUGGAACACAACAUAGCAGGAAUAUCUUUAACUAUUUUGCUUAGCCAUUAUUUAGUUUUAGCCUUUGGGUUUUUACUCAACACAAAGUAGCUGAAGAAAAACAACAAGACACGGUGACAUCUGGGAGGCCACGGCCUCACUCACUAUCUGUGUAAAUCACAAGGAGCAAGCUUAUAAAACACUACUCCGAUGAUAUUUUACACCCCUUAAACUAAAACAGAUGGGCCGCACGGACUCAGACGCAUGCUGGAAGGGCUGCGGAAAUAAAGGUACAUAUAUUCACCUGUGAGUGCCCCCGCAUCUCCCAACUAUGGGCUGAAGUCUCCGACCUCACCUCCAGAAUCUUACAUACAGACAUACCCACAGAUCCGUGGACCUGGCUACUAUUCAAACCCUAUGCCCCCCUUACCAGAGAAAAAAACAAACUGGUGGCAAGAAUAGCACUGGCCACCAGGAGAAUGAUUGCGGAACAAUGGGGCAACCAAUUCAGACCUCUACUAAUGACCAUGCUCUGUAACGCAACAGAAACCAUGGAGAUGGAUAAAAUAUCAGCCCUACUACAUGACACAUAACUUCCACAAAAUCUGGGACCCAUGGAUCCUGGGUCAACAGCCCGUCACUUGAGAGGGGUGCCGGAGGCGACUGAACGCCAACCGUGAAACACCCUGUUGCUGACCCCCCCGAUACUACCUCCUUCCCUGCCCCCCGUUAUGCCCCACCCUCAUGGCAAUUGUAUGGGUUGUAGCGUGUUGGGUGUGGGUGUGGUGUUGUGUAUUAUUGUUCUUGCACCUCCAAUUAGGGGUCAUUAUUUAGUCAAUGUUUCUCUGGGAGGUUGUGUGCUCAUUGGGUAAGGUUUCUGUCUUAAGGUGGGAUUGGUAGGUGUGUGAUUUAGGUGGGGGGGUUGGUGUUUGGCCCUUCUACACCUUUAGAUGAGAUGAGUCGUAUGCCAAAGAUCCCAUGGGGAUACUACCCACCACAACAAAAUCAACUAGAGAUUGAAACAAAGAAAUUGUUGUCUGAAUACCACCACUGGUAACGAAAUUGUAGAAAAAUUCUAUCUGACUAUAAAAAGACUUGUACCCCCUCCCUAUUUUUCAUUCUGUACCCCAUAAUUACCACUGAUAAAAUUUGAAAAUAAAGAAUUUACAAGAAAAAAAAAAACAACCAGACACAUCGAGUCGGAACCAAGACAGAUUUUUGAAUAGUGGAGUUUUGGUUUACAAUAAAUCUACCUCUGCUGUGACUCAAUGUGCUUGGUUGUUUAUUUUCAGCUUCUAGUGUGAUUUGAAGUGGUGCCUCUCCGCAAUGUUGAGCACUUGGUCGGUAUGGUUAUUACUGUGGUUUAUUAUUCCUUCUUGUUCUUUCAUUUUACCCAAAAAUAUAGUCACAGAAGGCAAUUUUAGUAUGGCCAACAUAAUGACAUUAGGAAGCUAAAUUUGUUUUAUAUCAUUUUGAGACUUGCAUUUCAAAAUUAUUUCAUAUGUAAAGGCCCAUUUUAUUAAUGUUCUAGAAUCAUCAAUGAACAUUUCCUCUACAAAUUCCAAUCUUCUGUUUUCUUUCAGUCAUCAAUUGAUGGAGCUACAAUGUAUAUUAACAUCAUUCUUGCUAUCAUCACAAUCACAGCACUUUGGGCUGUUGGAAUCAUGUUUAAUCUGGUCAGACCUUCCUUAGCGGACAGGAACAUUAUUCCUAAAUUUGCAGUAUACCAGGUAAGAAACUACACUGUGUGUUUACAUGUAUAGCCAUUAUACAAUCUAUAAACAAAUGCAAUUAUGCAAAGAAUCAUCUCAAUUCACUCAGCCCAAAAUUUUAUCAGGCACCAAUUAGCUUUUCCAGCCAAUGACUUCAAUAGCUGGAAAUGUUUUCUUAAUGUAAACGCCCUAAUAAACCUAAUACCUAAUAAAAUAAUCUAUUAAAUUGUGAAAUUGUUUUAAAAUAUAGACCUCAAUUUAAAUAUUUUUGAAUAAGCUUUUCAAAUGAUUUAAAAUGAUUUAAUAUUUUGAAAAAUAUUUGAAUAUUGUAAUAUUAUUGAUACAUUGACACAUUUUGUAUUACAUAUGUUAUAUUGUUUUUAUAUUUUAUUAUUUGGAAAGAAAUAAUUUUCAAGGCUUAUCCAAAAAUAUUAAAUACAGAUCUUAAUUCUGGAUAAUACUACACCUCAAUUUCAAAAUACAGAAAACUAUUAUGGAAGCUCUGUUUUGCUUGUUUUACAUGCUUUUGAAUUUUUUCUUUAGACAGACAAAAAUCUUCCUGUAGGAGGCCAGGGUGCUAUUUUCAAAUGUUUCACUUAGAAGUUUUUUAUUAUGAGCCCCAAACGAACAGCACAGCUCUAGAGAGCAGGGAUGUGCAUUGAAUAUGUGUAACUAGAAAUUCCUGGACACUAGUGCAAAUGGUCUAAAGACACAUGCUAAAUGCAAAUAUUGCAUUUAGGGUACAUUUUACUUCUGAAUAAAGGCAUUUAUCAAAGUACCAUGCUGCAUUUAUUCAACAUAAAGGCAUUUUCUAUUUGGAGGUGAUUUCUAAAUGUGUGUCCAUCCCCAGUAUUCCACCCUUGUAUUGUAAUGAAAAAAAACCCACAAAGAAUACAAUUAGCCCUUAAUUUAAAAAAAAUUAUCCUUUAGCACUGUGUACUACAUCUAUCAUCACCCAUCACCCACUUACAAGCUGCCGGUAAUGGGAGCUGCAGACCGGGAAGUAGUCUGAGCAGGAGGGCAUGAUACUUAAGGAGUUAAAUUUAAAUCAUUAAUGGAUAGCCUUUAUCACUUCAGCUGGGAAGCAUGGUAAAUAUAGUCCACAACAAAUCGGGUAUCAUAGGCUAGCCCUCACAGAUUUACAUUAUCUUUCAGACGCAUUUCAAAGUUUCUUUGCUUUGGGUAUUUUUGCACUGAUGUACUUAAAACAAUAUUUAGAAAAUAAUAUGUGAGUGCAUUAAACUGACAUAACCUAUGUCAAACCUUUUCUUUUAUUUACAGUUUAUUGUCAUUCUAAGUCAGCUGCAAACCUCUAUCAUCAAUAUUCUUGGAACAAUGGGUGUUAUCUCAUGUGUCCCACCCCUACCAGGACCAUCAAGGGCCUCAUGUAAGUACAAAUACAAAAUGGAAGCCAGUGCAACACUACCCAGUAAGACCUGGUGCUAACAUGCAGUGGUAUAGUAAAGUGGAAUUUUAUUUUGCGUUGUGACUUGAUUACUUUUCUUUUUCCAAUUAAUAUAACAAUACUGCAGGAAUUCAGGAACAUACUUAAAAUAAAAGGUUUGGUGAUUUAAAUUAGUCAUUGUGUGCAGUUUCUGCUUGAAACGCUGCAAUUUCAGAGAUAUUUGCAAUUUUGAGCCGUGGCAGCGUGAGUUCUGGAAUGCUAAAUGUCAAUUUUUUGCACAUAUUACGUCUGUUGCCAGCUGACAAUAGAGGUAACAAUAUUUGCCCUUGAAUAGGGGCAUGUAUCGUGACAGUAACUAACAAAGUAAUACACACAUGUUAAACACAUUAAAAUCCUUCUUAUCUAUGAAUCCAAGAUAGGGUUUGUACUCCACAACAAUAUAUAUUUAUAUAUCUAUAUUGCUCUACCAGAAGACAAGUAGACAAUCCAUAAUAACCCCAUUCAAACAAAGACUUGGUACAUGGGUUGUCACUUGUCACUGCAGCUUUAAUAAGGGUUAUAAAAAAACAUAUUACUUUAAAGCUGUAUUAGCUCAAAUUUGUGUGCACUUUAAAAACACUUGGCGGAAUUCCAAUUUUCAUAUUUGUAAAAUUCUAGCUACAGAGUGUUUUAAUAUAAAAUAGUAGUGAAUCCCUCUCUGUCUAUAUUUUUUUGCACCAGCUUUUCUUUUAUUCAUAUUCCUAAUUUGUUUCCUUUUUCUGAAUUUCUAGUAGCAGCCAGUGUCUCUUUUUUGGGUAAUUAGCAUGAACAUGUCUCAUUAGUGGUGAGCGGUGAUCAGAUAACCCUACAUGACAGCCCACAGAGCCUUAGAUUCUUUAUCCAAAUGUGUAAUUUGCUUUUUUGAAAAUUUACAAUAAUUUUUAUGUUUUCUGUUCAUAAUUUUACAGAUUGCAGGAAGUAAUUGUAGUUUUAAGAUUUAUACACUUAAAAGUAAUUAACUAUAGCUACAGCCUCAUUACAAGAUUAGCCAAGUCUAUAAGUUGUCUAAAAUGUAGUUCUGGUUGUAAUGAAUGUUUAAUAAUUGGCUUAAUCAUUCUCAUGACUAGAAGUGAAGCAAUUACUUAUUAUUAUUAUUGUUAUUAUUAUUUCUCUAAUUCAAUUAAGUUUCAAUGAGAUGUGUGCUAAUUAUUAAUCACACUGUUUAUCUUUGGCCCUAAUAUUUGUUUUGAUUCUUUAAUAAAUGCAGAUUACAUUUAGGCCACUUCCACUAAUAGAAUUUCAAAGUUUGUCGUAGAGAGAAACAGGAGUUAGGACUAUAAAAUAAUAAUUAUACAUUGAUCAGCCACAUCAUUAAAACCACCUGUCUAAUAUCAUGUAGCUCACCCUUGUGCUGCAAAAACAGUUCUGAUGCCUAGAAGCAUGAACUCCACAAGACCUCUGGACAUGUCCUGUGGUAUAUGGCACACGCCAUUAGCAGCAGAUCCUUUAAAGGACCACUAUAGUGUUAAUAGGUCCCCCCCCAAACCCUCAGGGUCCCACUUCCGCUGGGCUGUAGGGGGAGGAAGGGGUUAAACUGUUACCUUUCUCCAGCGCCAGGGUCCCUCGGUGCUGGGGACUCUUCUUCUUUUUCCGACGUCAUCAGCUGAAUGCGCAUGCACAGCAAGAGCCGCGUGCGCAUUCAGUCAGUCCAUAGGAAAGCAUUUCUCAAUGCUUUCCUAUGGACGCUGGCGUCAAUGAGACAGCCACUAGAGGCUGGAUUAACCCAAACGUAAACAUAGCAGUUUCUCUGAAACUGCUAUGUUUACAGCAGGCAGGGUUAACCCUAGAUGGACCUGGCACCCAGAACACUUCAUUAAGCUGAAGUGGUCUGGGUGCCUUUAGUGGUCCUUAAGUCCUGUAAGUUGUGAGGUGGGGCCUGCAUGAAUUGAAUUUCUUGUUUCAUCACAUUAAACAGACAUAUGCUCAAUUGGGUUGAAAUCCUGGGAACUUGGAGGCAGAGGCAAAGCCUUGAACCUUUUUUCAUGUUCCUCAAACCAUUUUUGAACAUUUUUUGCUGUGUGGCAGGGUGCAUUAUUCUGUAGAAAUAGCACACUGCCACCAGGGAACACCAUUGCAAGGAAGGGAUGUACAUGAUCUCUAGGUAGGUGGUACAUGUCAAAGUAACAUCCACAUGAAUGUCAGGACCCAAGGUUUCCCACCAAAACAAUGCCCAGAGCAGGCUUUCCUUAACUCUGGCCCUCCAUAUGUUGCUGAACUACAACUCCCAUGAUUCUAUGAAUGAAAUAGAUAGGCUGAGAAUCAUUGGAGUUGUUGUUCAGCAACAUCUGGAGGACAAGAGUUUGGAGAAGCUCCGACCCAACCAUCUAGAAAGAUGACACAUACAGCAUAUGCAUACUUAAGAGAAUACCUAACAAUUCUGAAUUUAAAUCUAGUGAUCUAUUAUUUUAUCAGUACGUAGACAACGUUCCAUAUGGAACUCCAUUCUUAUAAAAUCUAAGAACAGUUUCAAUAAAGUUCAGAAUUUUUAAAUUAAGAUCUAUAAAAGCUCUUCUACAAAUUAGCUUUCAGAGUUAUAUAUUAUAUAUACGUUUCACACAUUAGCAGGUAUAAAAUAGGUUGAAGGUUUGGAUGUGAUCUUAAAAGUGGUCUUUUCUGUCUGAACUUAAUACAAUAAUACAUUAUUAUAUUAGAUUCAGAUUUUUGCUGGGCUUAAUUUCUAAACAGUGAGUUGUGGUGAGCUGAUGACCACCUUUGCAAAAUUUAAACCAAAAGCUGUAGGUGUUUCUCCAGUUUAAUAUUAUUUGGUUGCUAAGUUUUGCAAUUCCAUUAACAAUUCAUCCCAACACACUAUUUAAUAAUAAUCAUUCAAAGUUUCUUAUGGCCUAUCUUUCACCUCUCUGUUCUAUGGUGCAGUAAAAUAUUGGUUGUUUGAACUUUGUGCAAAAUAACAUUACAAUGUCUUGCAAUUAACAACACACUUAUUUUAUAUUUGUUGUAAUGUGUUUAACAACAGACAUGAAUCAGCAGCUACUCAUAAUGGAAAUGUUUCUUACUACACUCCUCUGCCGUAUGUUAUACCGCCGAAAAUAUGAUACGUUAACUAACCAGGAAGAGAACGAUAAUCUACAAAACAACACUGUGGAUUUGAACAGCAAAGCUUUGGAAGAGAAGCUACAUUACGAAGAUAAGAUACAAUAUGCCUAAAGACAAUUUAACAUUGUAGGACUUUUUCUGAAAAUGUACCAACUGGAAAUAGAUGGAUCUACAUAUGCAUUUAUUUGAUUGUAUUUUUUACUUUAUCUGACUAACAUAUACAGUAUAUAUAAAUAUAGUAUCCAUGUAAAUAAAGUUAAUUUAGUCUUGUACUUUGGGAUAUAUCUCUGUACCCAGUAAGUUUAAUAAAUUGUAAGUUAAAAUUCACCUCUCGAUAUCAAUUAUUGUUUGCUGAUAUACUCACUGGUGGCUAUGUCAGCUACAUCACAAGAGAGAAUUAUUUUAAAAUAAUGCAAGUGUACACUCAUCAGAAUAUGGUAAAUUUGUGAAAGACUUUAUAUUAAAAACAUAUUUUAAAGCAGAAAAUGAUGGCCAUAUAACAGCGGGACCUUAUUUAAUUAUUUGAACAACUCUGGGUAAUCACUGAACUGAAGAUGUUACCCCAUCUUCUAUUAUGCUGUUAUGCAACCUCUGUGCAGCACAAAGUGCUAUCAGUAGCAUUAUAUUCAUGGUCCAUGAUUGCAAUAUAUGUAAUAUAUGUAUAUUUAGUUUGGGAAACAAUUUUCACAAUUUUGGACAAUAAAAUAACAUUUUGG